CGCCCCUCCUUCCGUCCCUGGGUGACUGGUCUGUGCAGUCUGGCAGCAGAUCGGCGGAGAGAACGCGGCUGUGGCUGAUCCUAGACCCCCCAAGGCGGAUCACCAGGACCCCCCCAAUAACUCCACAGCACCCUCAGCCAACCCAUCACCCCAAAAAGGACCCCUGCCCCCCACCUUUACUCCAUUUAAACCCCCUCCCCCCUCUCCUAGACCACCCUCUACCCAUUGCUAUUUAUUGAUUGGAUUUGGGGGGGUCCCUGCAGAAAAUAAGAGGGGGGAGGGUGCAGCAGGCGUGGAUUUUACAUUCAUGAUUAUGGGCGACAAGAGGAGCCCGACCAGGUACAGUCCAGAAAGGGAAGGGGGGGGGGGUGGUGGUUUUGGGGAGGGGCAAGCAAGUGGGGGGGGCUGGGGGUUAGUGUUAUUUAUAUACCCCCAUUAUAUGUAGACAGAUGGAGAAAUAAUCCCCCCCCAAUUAUCUCUGUGCCCUUGUAGUUGGAGACUACAGUACCACCCUGAUCCCCGUUCCCCAUUAUGUGAGAAGCACCCCUCAUGGUGUAUUUGUUGCCCCCCUCUCCUAUAGAGAUGUAUAUGUCUCCUUAUGUCUGUGCCAGAAAGUCCAGGGGCUGUGCUAUGGCGGCUGAUCCUCUCUGACACACACACACACUCCCUCCAUAGAGCCUCAGACAAAGAGAAUAUUUACCAGAAGAGAGAGAGAGAGAGGAGAGAGAGAGGAAAAAAGGAGGGCAGGGUAGAGAGAGAAACGCCUCCACUGCCCUAAAAAAAAAAAAAAUCUAAAUAAAUAGUACUGUAUCUCUACCAGCUCUUCUGUAUGUGCUGUGGUAUGUGGGUUAUUGAUGGGUAAAUGUCAAGGCUCCAUGGUAGGAAGAGGGGACAAGAAUUGUGUGCAUGCAUCUCAUGGCAUGGCUUCUUUGUCUUUUGCAUGUUAUUUUUUUUUCUUCACAGUGAGGUAUCCUGUUUUGCUGUCUGCUAGCUUGUCACCCUUCUCUCCCCCCAUCCUUUGGUGAGAGAGGGCCUCCAUCAGUGAAGGGUGCAGGAAGGGGUUAAUGGUAAUGGGGAGGGGUGCAGUAUGUGGUGGUGUCGGUAGGGGAGGGAGAGAGUGGCAUGGUUAUAUGUCAAGCUAAGGAUAAAUGAAUUUCUUCUGCAAGUGGCGCUGGUGCUUUCAGAGAGGCUGGCAAACCUAGUAGGAGACUGGCACAUACAAGAAGGGGGCGAAGUCAGGGCAGGGCAGCUUGUAUGGCAUUAAGGCUGUAGACUAUUGGGAGUCGAAGAACCAGUUCUGCACCCCCCACCCCCCUUCUUCAUGUGUGCUAAUUAACCCCUUCUGCGACUGAGUUGAUUUUCUUUCCUUCUAUCCUCUGUUAUAAUGCAGUCGUAAUAUCGGAAUAUAUAUUUCUUAGUCCAUCAUCAUUCCCCUACUUCCCUCCCCCCCCUCCCUUGCAGGCAUUGGACUGACAAACUGCAUCAGUACCUAGCUGCAUCUUUCAGGAUGUAGAGCUCUGCAUAGCCUGCCGUUAUGUCAAGUUAAAUUUAGGAAUUCUGCAGCCCUCCCAGAUGAUUCGGAAAAACAGAUCUAUCUGGCUGCUGAAACAUUUGAGGUGUCAUAGGCAUUAAGGGUGAUAAUCCAAUUUUAUUUUUUAUUUUUAUUUUUUAAUUUAAUUCUUCCUCGAACACUUUUUUUCUUCUGCAGGCCAAAAAGGCAAGCUAAACCAUCAGCUGACGAGGGCUACUGGGACUGUAGUGUAUGCACUUUUAGGAACACAGCUGAGGCUUUCAAGUGCAGCAUUUGUGAUGUCCGGAAAGGAACCUCCACCAGGUACUGUUGUGAAUUUUUUUUUCUUCUGAGAAGUAGCUUUUGAAGUCAAAUCUCGCCAGUCAAAAUCUUUAUUUGUUGAAUCUAUGUGCCUUCAUCUUUACCAGAAAGUCAUGAUGUGUUCCUCACAAAUGUUGUUGUGGUUUUUUUUUCUCCUUCACUUUUUGUUUUUGCUGUUAUUGAAGACUUUAAAAUACGAGCAUGUCCAACCUCGGACCUGUAGCUAUUGUUGGGCUAGAAUGCUGAGACUUGGCCGUUAGAAAAUGAAGAUUAUUGGAAAGUCUAAGAUGGACACCCUUAGUACUUGUGGUUUUAGAUAGUGCUACGUCAUUGAGACUUUUCCAGGAUGAUUGGACAUAGGUUGGGUAUCUUCACAGAGCCAGAUGUGUUCGGUGGUACAUAAUAGAUCUCCAUCAUUGAUUUCCCUUAGGAGCAGAUAACUGAUAACAUUAAUAUUGAUGGUAAUGAUGUAUUGGCCCUCUCAUUUCUAAAAAAUUACUUUAGCAUUCAAAGGUUUGAAUAUACAUACUUUCCUUAAUACCUAGAUAUUUUAUAGAUGUCUGUUAAAGCUUUGCUUGGAAUUGUUUGUAAAUUACAUUGUUGGCCAUCUCUACUAUGGCACCCAUGAUAAGACCCUUGAAUAGAAAAUCUGUAGUGAAGAUAUUGUGGUUCACUGCUGUUUUGCACUGUUCUGAAACAGGCUGCAUUGCAGCAUCUUGUUGUAUAAAGUGAUGCAUAGUUCUAAAAGUGGUGCAGUCACCAUGGAAACAAUGGAAUGCGGUCUAUUGUUUACCUUAUCUUAGAAUAUUGCUCCAGAAUUGCUCUUCGUACAUCUAAGUUUUUCAGAUCAAAUUCUGAAUUAACAUUUAUCUCAACACAACCCAUUCUGGGCUUUGUACAGAAAUGGUAUUGUCGUAAAGAACAUCCAGGUCAAAUCAUUAUAUUCUUUUAUUGAUAUUCUAAAUGACACUGCAAAAUUAUGCAUUGUGUAAUUCAGACCAUGGUUGACCACAGGGUACAUUCUCCUACCACCCCCAGCUGUUGUAACUAAAGGUUGUCAAACCAUCAUAGGAGUUGUAGUUCUAUUACAGCUGGGCAUCUUCAAUUUAACCAUUCAUGAUGUAGAACACUUUUCGCUGUCCAUCUGAGGCUGGUUGGACUUUUCUACCCGUUUUUAAGCAUUUCCUCCAAGCUUACCAGCCUUUAUUGUAAAGACAACCCUUCACAUUUUGAUGAAACAAAAAUAAGCAGCCAGUUUAAGAGUGAGAAGUGACGUGGUUUUUACCACAAAUUAGGAAAUAACAUACAAGAUCUCAAAACAGAUGAUUCAUCUUGUUCUUUGAAACUUUGAGAAAAGAGACUGAUGUUUUGCUGCUAUGAUGCACUUGAGCACGUUUUAUCCUCGUGAUUAGAAACGGAAUGCAUCACAAUCUGUAUUUAUUGUGUGACUGGAGUCAAACUUCAAUCCUCUCAGUCUUGCCAGAUUUUCAGGAGUAUGUUUUGCACGCUGCUCAUUGAUAUACCAGUUUAUGUAUCAUGUACUUGCUAUUUAGAGAAACACUGAAACUCUGACAAGAUGUAUAUCUUAAAGACAGAUUUUACCACCUGUUUUGAGUGGUGAUCAUUUAAAAAUUGCUGAAUACAUUGUCGCAUUGUGUGACAGUCUGCAAAUUGUAGUACAGUGGAAUUUUGUGUAGUGUCACUUUUAUUGUUGAAAUAUUGAAUUGUAUGUAAACCAAGUGCCCAAAAGACAAGAUAGGUCUAAGUUGGAUUGUGAGAUAUUAAGGUCAAUUCGUCCAACCUGUAUGUCAUUUAUAGGCUGAAAAUGUUGUUUGGUGCUUGUUGGCAGUAUAAAUUUAGUGAAGGCAUGAAAAUGGUUUGGUUCUUUUAUGACAUUUCACGGCUUUUUAGUAAGUUCUAUAGCUACAUGUAAUUUUUGAUAGGUAUCCCAGAUCCAUCUGUGCCACAUUUCCUGUACAGUUAGCCAAGUAUCAUGGGAAUUGUAAUUCAAAAAUAUUUGACGUACCAAAGUAUUUGUCACUGAUAUAUAGCAUUUACUUAGGAUGCAUCAAGGAACUGUUUGAUACCUUGUUAAAUUUGAUUUAAGAUAUUGUCAAUUGCAGAUAUUUGUACACUUGCCAUCCCUACACAUCGAUCUCCUGGAAUCGUGUUAAAUAGAAUGGGGCACAUCUUGUCAGGAUGUGGUGUUUAUAGCAAAUCGAAAAUAAUUGUGAAAACACUUCUAGACUUCUGCUCCCAACACAUCAAGAGAUGUUACGGAAGCAUUUUGGGCAUACAAAUAAAUCUUCAGACUCCAGAGGAUAUAACUGCAUCUGUUAGCCUUGGGCAGUAGGCAUAGGUCAAAAAGUGAUAGUUCUCUUUUUAAUUUUGUGUUGUUUUGUUUUUUCCUAAGCUGUCCUCAAGCAGAGCUAGGGAUUUUCUCCCAUCAGAAAGGAAUUUGAUGAUCCUGAUUUCUUCAUGCAUGACUUGGAAAAAUAUGGCUAUAGUUUGCAGACCUGUUAAGAAAAAUAUAAAGCUUUGUUUGACCUUAAUGUCUGGUCAUUGGAAAAGUUGGUUUAUUGUAAAUGGCUGCUGUUGUGCCAAUGACUAACCUAAAGAGUAAGGUUUUUAGGAUGUCCUACAGGUGGUAAUCUACGUUCAUGUGUUGCUCCAACCAAGCCAGUAAUAGCUGUGGUACACCUGAUGCUUGUUGCUCUGCCUAUCUACAUUGUGGCUCUAUGCUCUAAAAUGUUUUUAACAAUGUCUUUAAAAAUGCCCUAAAAGUGUUACCUGACUUGGGGACGUUUUCCAGUUCAUCUCUGUUGGCCUAAAACUUUAAAUUCACUUUUGUGUACAUCUCCAUUCACAGUUUAGUGAAAUAUUACAUUUGUUUUUGCUUCCCAAGCUUUUCUGUAGUUUCAUAUUUUAUUCACUCUCUUCAGAAUUUUCUUGAUUUCUGAAUGGUUUUAAAAUCUUUUAGUAGGAAGUGAAAUUUUUUGAUGGGAAUUUUAUUCCCUAUUAUGUUAAAGGAACACUAUAUGGUCUGUGUUAAAACCACUAUUUAGCCCCCCUGAACCCUUCCCCUCAGUUCCCCCUAAAUAUAGUAAUAGUUUACCUUUAUUACACUCUGCUGGUGCUGGCUCUGCCCCUGAUUUGCCUCCAUGGCUGACAUCAUCAGAAGUGAUGAUUUCAGCCAACCAAAAAUGCUUUCUCAUAGGAUUGCAUUGGAUUGGUUGAGAUUGUCAAUUCUGAUGAUCUCAGCCAGGGGGCGGAGCGACACCCUAGACAAUUAGCAUCUACUCAUAGAGAUGCAUUGAAAGUUAAGUAUCUGCAUGCAGAGGUUGUAUACACUGAAUGGCAGUGCUGCUUACUAAAAACAUUUUUCUCUCUAGAACAAAUACAUAAAGCUGUAGUUGUUCUGGUGACUUUGGUGACUACUGUCCUGUUAAGCUGGUAUUCUCUUUUGUUUUUUGUUUUUGCCAACCCCCAUUUGGUGACAAGUCUGCCUGUGUGUGGCAGUGGGAGACCUAGUUGGUAGAUACACUCACUUUAAGUUUUCUAUUUAAAAAAAAAAAAAAAAAAUGUUACGAGAGCCACUUUGUGAACACUCUCUCCCUUUUUUUUUUUUUUUUUUAUAUAUAUAUAUAUAUAUAUAUAUAUAUAUAUAUAUAUAUAUAUAUAUAUAUAUAUAUAUAUAUAUAUAUAUAUAUAUAUAUCUUGCUGCUAUGUCUCACAAAGUUUUAUACAAAUAUUUUGAAAACUAUUUCCAGCAGGCAUCUUUUAUGGACAAAUGUUUAUUUUGCUUGUGCAUUCUUCUUAAAACCGAAGGCAUUAGUUGGCAAUUUUUCCCUUGAAUGUGGGGAAUGAAUAGCCUUGUAAAGUGACUUCACCAUCUUUCCUUUGAAAUCCUAGAUAAACUGAAUGGAUAUAGUUUCAAAACAUUGUAACUCAUAAUAAGCUGUUGCAAAUGGCUGGAUUCGUCAGAUACAAGCAUUCUCUUUAGUUUGGAACUGCAAUACAGCUUUUUACUGUUACUUUUGUGAAAGCAGAUGGAAUUAAUAACCAGUAGGUUCUCCCAACUGCUUUGGCAGGGGAAAAAUCUCCAUCCAAGUCAUUCCUUUUGAUGUACCAAGUUGCCAUAUACUGAUUCAGGCUGUAAACUAGAAAGAUUACCUCAGGGAGGCCUCUGGGAGCAAGCAGCCAUUUUCUGUUCUGACAAAAUGUAUUUAUUAUGUAGCUGUGAUAACAUUGCUUCUAAGAAGAUGCAUAAUCUCUCUCUGGACUGCUCUAUGCUAUACAUUUAGUUUUAGCAGUGUUGCCAAAUAAUAGCUAACUGGUUCGUUUGUAACACAGAAUAAUAAGAAUUUCAAAGUAAAUAAAAGCAACGUAGCUUUAAAAAUUGCAUUUUAAUUUUUUUAACGAGCGUGAAGUCAAACUUUAACCUUCUUUUCAGCAUACAGCUUUUUUUAGGUUUUAACUAUUGGAUUAAAUACCUAAUACUUUGGAUAUUAUACUUUUUUUUUUUUUUUAUUUAUUUAUUUUUUUUUUUUAUUACAAAACCGAUCUACCUUUUUUUUUUUUGAAUUUGACAAUUUUUAUUGUACAAUGCAUCGAUAUACAGUCGUGACAUUUAAGUUACAUCAUAUGCAGAUUACACAAUUCCACACAUUCUUGGUAGGUGUUACAGACAAUAUGAAUUCGUUUUUAUUCUCCCCUAUCCCUCUGGGGGUUCAGGGCUGUAGGUGGUCAUGCAAGAGUGUAUCGUGCAUAUCUGUGCUAGGUUACCUUCGGCCACCAGUGGCCUGAUGCUUUGUACGUCUCAUUGUCAAGCAUCGUACUUUCAGGGAAACAAGUAGGUAGGAUAGAGGGUAGAUGUGGAGUGGGGAUGGGGGGAGAGAACUUGGGGGGGGGAGGGGGAGGGGGUGUAAGAGACUGGUUGCGUGGUUUAUGUCGGUUCUGUUUGUAGUCCUUCUGAUCGUAGAAAGUCAUUCCACCUGUUAUGUGCUAAAGUCAUGUGUUUCUUUUCUCCAAAUUGUCGUGCAUAUACCAUCUCGUAGGCCCAGUUCAGUUUUAUUUGGUUUAUGAGAGCCUCUCGUGAUGGUGUUGUCGUUUGUUUCCAUAGCCUAGCAAUGCAUGUAACUGCAGAGAUAAGGAUGUGGUAUAUGGCUGCCCACUUAUCUUUAGUAAGAGAGUCUGGUGGUAUGAAUAGUAUGCACAGUUCCAGUGUUAGUGAGAUUUGCGUUUGUAUGGUGGCAGUUAUGAUCUUUUGUACCACUAGCCAAUAGGAUUGGAUGAUGGGGCAUGUCCACCAAACGUGAGACAUGGUGCCUUUACUCUGACCACAUCUCCAGCAGGUGUCGGAGGAUCGCGGCCACAUCUGGUGGAGUCUGGAUGGUACCAAGUACCAACGGUAUAACAGUUUGCGCUGCAUCUCAAUGUGAGUAGCACAAGAUGUUACCCCCUUGUACGAGGAGUAAGCCUUAGUCCAGUCUGUCAGUGGGAUUGUGCUGCCUAAUUCUCUAUGCCAUGAUUGGAUGUGUGUUUCUUUGCCCUGAUCUGAUGCUUGGGUCAGAGCUUUAUAGCUGAUGGAAAUAAGUUUUUUCAGUGGUUUUCUACGUGUGCAUAUCUGUUCAAACUCAGUCAUCGGUUUUGUGGCUGUAGCAGCCGGUCCGUUAGGUUUGUUUUUAGCUAAGUAGGAUUUAAUUUGAAGGUAAGCGAAGCCUAGCCUGUGGGGUAACUGAAAUUCUUGUUGUAGGUCUGGAAAUAGUUUUAGCCCUUUGUCGUUGUAUAGCUGCCCUAUUUCUUGGAUGCCCAUCUGUAGCCAUGGUUGUGUAUUCAGGUUCGGUAUUAUAUGUGCUAGGGUGCUGGUUGGGGCAGCCAAAGGUAGUGGGUGGUAUCGCGUCAUUAGGUGCUUCGUUGAGUCCCAAACAUGUAGGGUGUAUUGAGUCGUGGGUAAAAGGUGGCUAGUGUCCGUCCUAUGUGAUUUAGGUGUCCACAGGAUGGAAUGUAGUGUCGUUGGGUGGGCCCAGCUAUUUUCUAUUUCCAGCCACUGUGGGGCUGUGGGAUGUUGUAGAAAUUGUGGCACCAGCAUCAAUGUUGCCGCUUUGCAAUAUGCUUUUAGGUCGGGGAAGCCUAGUCCGCCCUGAUUUAUUGACCUUUGUAGUAGGUUGGUCGCUACUCUGGGUUUUUUAUUUUGCCAUGUGAAGUGUGUUAGCAUUUUCGUGAGUGCUUUGAUGUACUUAUCUGGUACUGGAAUUUGUAGUGUUCUGUAUAGGUAUUGGAGUUUGGGUAGUAGUGACAUUUUUAUGGCCGCGAUCCGCCCCACCCAGGACAAGUAUUUCCCCUCCCAGGAACUCAGCAGGGACUUAAAAGUUUCUAGCAAUGGUUGGUAAUUCGUCUUGAAGAGAGACAUGGGGUUUUUGGUCAUUUUAGUUCCCAAGAAGGUGAGGUGAUCCUCUCUCCAGUCUAGAGGGAACGAGCUCUUAAGGUUCACCAGUUGUGUUGCGGGGAGAUUGAUACUUAGUGCCUGUGUCUUAGUGACGUUUAGCUUAUAAUAUGACACUCGUCCAUAUUCCGUGAUGUGGUGCAUGAGAUUAGGUAGGGAUAUGUGUGGUUGCGUGAGAGUGAGGAAUAUGUCGUCAGCGAAUAGGCUUAAUUUGUAUUCUUUCUGACGAAGGGUUACCCCGUGGAUUGCCGAUUCCAUCCUGAUCUUGGCAGCCAGAGGCUCCAAUGCCAGGACAUAGAGCAGCGGGGAAAGUGGACAACCCUGGCGGGAGCCAUUAGAGAUUCUGAAUUUGUCCGAGCAGAAUCCUGCGUUUAGGACUUUAGCCGUGGGGCAGCUAUAUAGAGCCUCUACUGUGUCUGUGAAUUGGGAGGGAAAGCCAUAUUUCAUCAGUACUGCCUUCAGGAAGCGCCAAUUUAAUCGAUCGAAGGCUUUCUCCGCAUCUAAAGACAUUAGUAGGCUACUUGUCCCCUUCCGUCUGAUGCUGUGUAUUAGGUCUAAAACCUUCCGGGUGUUGUCUGUUCCCUGCCUCCCUGCUAUAAAUCCCACUUGGUCAUUGUGAAUAAGGGAUGGGAGAAGUGGGCCCAAUCGCCGGGCAUAUAUUUUGGCGUAUAGUUUGGCGUCUGUAUUGAGGAGGGAUAUUGGUCUGAAGUUUGGGCAGUGUGUUGGGGGCUUCCCUGGUUUUGGUAGGGUGACGAUAUGGGCGAGCAGUAGCUCUUCUGGUAGUGAUUUGGUUUGGGUAGCGGAGUUAAAGAGAGAUGCCAAGUGUGGGGCUAAAGCGGUCGCGAAUCUUUUGUAGUACCUGUUUGUGAAGCCAUCCGGGCCUGGCGCUUUGUUUUUAGGUAAGGUUUGUAUUGCAUCCUUCACUUCGUCUGGAGUGAUUAAUUUUUGCAAAGAAGUAAUUUGCUCUUUUGUUAGCGUGGGUAGGGGGACCUCCUGUAGGUAGGAUUGUAUGUUAUGUUCUGUCGGGUCAGGUGCUCGCUCGGACUGAGCCAAGUUGUAGAGUUUAUUAUAGUAGUUAGCAAAAGCAUUGCUAAUAUCUAUGGGGGAGAUCACUUUUGUGUUGUCGUGUGUGUACAGAUGUGAUAUUUUCGCGUUCGUUUCUGCUCGCUUUAAGCGGGCUGCCAACACUUUGCUUGCUCUAUUUCCCUGGGCAUAGUAUGUUGCUUUGAGUCUGCGUAAGUUAAAGCCUACUCGCUGCAGCGUGUGUAGUCUAAUUUUGUCUGCUACUUCCGCGAUGCUUUUUCGUAUUGCCUCUGUGGGAUGCGUUUUGUUUUUGUUUGUGAGGUCUAUUAACUGUUUGUUCCAAUUUAUCCAUUGGGUCUGGUUACUUUGUUUCAAAGAUGCUGCUCGCUUUAGCAAGAUUCCUCUAACUACUGCCUUGUGUGCCUGCCAUAGGGUGCAUGCAGAUGUGUCUCCUGUGCUGUUGAGCAUGAAGUAUUCUGUUAUGGCUUCUUCUAAUUGGUUGGAAAAGGGUAUGUCUGUCAGUAGUGAUUCGUUGAGUUUCCAGGGGCUCUUGUGUUUGUAGUCGUAGUUGUCUUUAAGGGUCAGUGUUAGUGGGGCAUGGUCCGACCAUGUGAUUUGGCCGAUAGAGCAUUCUAGAACCUGGUCCAGGUGUGUGCUUUCCAUAUGGACUCUAUCUAUUCUAGUGUAUGUAUUGUGUGUGUUUGAGUGAUACGUGUAAUCCUUUUCUUGAGGGUGUAGGACUCGCCAUACGUCAUAUAAUGUAUUAAUGUCCAGCAAUUUAAGGUAUGAUGCACAGGUCCUGCGAUGUUUCGCGUGAACCUCCCUGCCUGCAUGGGACGUUGUGUCGUUGAUGGGAUCUAUGAUGUGGUUAAAGUCCCCACAUAAUACCAGUAUGCCCUCCUGUACUGGUCGCAAUAUGGAUAAGAUUCUGUGUAGGAAGUCUCUUUGAUUCGUGUUCGGGGCAUAUACAUUUGCUAGGGUGUAUUUAGUGUUGUUGAUUGUGCAUACUAUUAUCGUGUAUCUUCCUUCCUUGUCUGUCUGUGAGUAGUGGUGCUGGAAGGAUACUGUGUUGCUAAUUAGUAUUGAUGUCCCCUUCGUUUUUGUCCCUGCCGUAGUGUGGUAUUGGUGUGGGUACAAGGAUGGUUUUAGGGUCGGUGGCGUUUUGAAGUGUGUUUCCUGGAGGCAGAUUAUGUCAGGCUGAUCUCUCUUGAGAUUUCGAAAGAGGCAAUGUCGCUUAUAUGGGGUAUUUAACCCUCUAACAUUAUAGCUUUGUAUUUUCAUACUAUAGGUCAGUGUCGUGAAGCGCUAGGAUUCGUUUAUGUGAUCUACUUAUGGGGUAGGCUGAACUUGUGGCUGAUAGUGCAUUGGAUUUGUUCCCACAAUGCUGGGCAGUAGUGUGGGCCUGAGUUGUGUGGUUAGUGGUGGUGAUGGCGAAUUGCGCCUGGCUUUUGGUGGGCCCAGGGGUUGUCAUUUUAUGCAGGUGGACGUCACCUUCUUGUUCUAUGGGUGCAUCUGUCUCUUGGAGUAGUGUCGAGGGGGGAGAGGGGGGGAAGGGAGUAGGGGGGUCAUACUGUGAGGGUAUGAACUUGGGGGGGGUAAAAACUAUAGCCCUUUGGCGGGCUUUGGUUCCGGCUAGCGGUACCAUGAGAGCGUGGUUGGUGUGAAGAAAAGAACAGUAGGAAGAUUGGCCUGUGUCAGUCCGUUGUGACCGGCGGUUGGCCAGUGGGGUGCCUCUUUGCGGCUGUCGACUUUGCGGUAGGGUACAGUAACUUGGGGCUGCGGUUGUCCCUUGGGUUCACGCUGCAUGCUUCAACAUUGGGUUUUUUUUUUUUUUGUAUUGUGUUAAGUUUCAGCUUGGGGCUCUUGCCGACGGGGGGGGGGUCCAGGACAGUAGGGGGCAUAGGUUGGCGGUACAUGACUGUGGUUGCUACCUGGCGUGACGCAUUGGCUCGGUCGCCUAAGGUGUGUAGGAGGUCGGGAGGGUCACGCUAUGGUCUAGUUGUGGCGGGGCGGUUCAGUGGGCGCCUCUUCUGUCCCCCGGUGGAGUUACUUCUCCUUGGGGGCCUCGUGGAGGGGAGGGCGUUGUAUGUGUCGGGGCUAUCCCAUUGGCCUAUACGCUUGAUUUGCAACUGUCCCCCACAUAUUAUGCAAACAUCCAAACCAAACAUAUUGCAAUACAUAAGAGGCACCAUUAUCGUCUCCCGUGGUACAAUCCCGCUCCCUCCGGGCCCUGAACGGGCUGUCCCAUUCACAUAUACUCUGAAUUGGCAACUAUGCCUCAUACAUUAUUCAAUGCCUGAAACAAUCCCAUUGUGACACUUGGAACAAUAUUACCAUUCUCCGUGAUGCCUCCCCGCUCCCCCCGCUCCCCCCCGCUCUGAAUGGGGUUGUCCUAUUCUCAUGUGAGCUAGACUUGCAACUGUGUCCCACAAAUUGUUCAGAUAUUCAAGGCGUGUACAAUGCAUUAAAUCAUAUUCACAAUUACCCUUCCCCAUGGUGCCUUCCCGCUGCCCCAGCUCCCCCGAGCGUGGCGACUUCCCCUGAGCUGUGUUGCGUCAUCCUCUGGGGGGGUCCCCUGCAGCCUUCUGGUGAUUGCUUCCAAGGAUGCUGAGGCUGUUUGCCUCCCCGCAGGCUGCAGCUGUGAGUGUGCUUCUGCCUGAGCCUACGGCUCUAAAAGUUCCCGUGGCAGCGUAGUGUGUCAUUUUGUGUCGCUUUAUUGUCCCUGAGAUUGGCACGUGUUGUGUGUUGUUAGCCUCCAGUGUGCAUGCAGUGUGUGUGUUGCAAGUGAAUGUGUUUUGUUGACGCAUGGGGCGCUGCCAGUGUUGCAAGGGCAGCAUGGGGAGUUAUAGUGCCAUAGUCACCUGCUUGAAAUCAAUAGUCCUUCUUCGUGGCCUUUAAACAGUCCCGCUUCUGUUAGUCGUGGUUAUUGGAGGUAGCGUAUGGCAUCUCACGCCAUCUUUGCUGCUGAAUGUGUUGCAAGUGUGUGCUCCUCCGUCAGGGCCUCAGGGCUUUAGUUACGUACUCUUUUCCAGUCGGCUGUAAGCUUACUCGGUUGUGGGUCGUUGUCGCUUCUUGCUUGGUUCUGGGGUUGUAUACCCCAUUUCUGCAGUGUUUUCCGUCCAUCCGCCAGAGAGGUGAUAACGUGCAUAGCUCCAUUUUUAUGUAUGAGGAGACGCACUGGGUGGCCCCAGCGGUAGGGCACCUCAUGGGAACGGAGGGCAUCAGUUAUUUCUUUAUACUCCUUUCUUUUUUUCAAGGUCUGGGCAGAGAGAUCUGCAUAUAGUUGAAUGGUGUUGUAUUGGGCUGGAAGGUCUUUGCGGAGCCUGGACGCUCUCAUCAGUGCUUCUUUCGCAUGAUAAUAGUGAAGGUGCGUCAGUACAUCCCUUGGCGCUUCAGCUGGGAGAAAGCUUGGUUUAGCGACUCUGUGCGCCCUGUCCAAGAGCAAGACAUCUGCUGGGAGGUCUGGGGCUAAUGUUUUGAAGUAAGCCGUGAGGUAUGCCGCUAUUUCGGGCUGCUUCACCGUCUCAGGGAUCCCCCUGAUCCGUAUAUUCUGUCUCCUUGACCUAUCUUCUAGGUCCAUGAUUUUAUAUUGGCAGGAUUCCAGCGCCUGUUCCAGGUUGUGGACAUGGUCUGCCAUGUCAUUGUGUGCGUCUGCGUACUCGCCCAUGCGGUUCUCCAUGCGGGCUGUUCUAUCACCCAGCUCCUGCACGUCCCUUCUCAGGUCUGAGAUGGACUUGUUGAGGCUGUGUAGCAGUUUGUCAGACAUUUCUCCUAGGCAGGCCUGGAGUAUGUUCUGUGUGACCGGCAAAUCUCUACCCCCAGGGGAUUCCUGCAGCGGCAGCGUGUCGUCGCCAUCUUGGCUGUACUCUCCUGUGCCUUGGGCCUUAGGUGGCGGAUUGCGGGCGGAGAAAAAAGCGUUUUUUUCGGCUUUGUCGGGGAUCUUCUUCCCUUUGGGUUGUGCCAUGCUUGAGGCUUGGUUUGGAGGUUAGUGCUGGUCACUGUCGCUGGUAAUGUCGCUGUUUAGGCCAAAACAGAACGGAGCUCGCCUCACAUGCGUCCGUUCGCGCCGAGCGUUAAGCCACGCCCCCCAAACCGAUCUACCUUUAAUCAUGUGCUAUCCUGGCCUUGCCUUGGAAGUCUGUAUGCCUGAUGUAAGAUCUAUGAUGAUGGUCUUGGUCCAGUCUAAAGCAUCUCAUGGUGAAGUUCUGGGACUCUACAACGCUUGUGAAGUGAUUCUCACCAUUCAGCGUUGUCACGCUGGGUGGCAUAACUUAGAAAAAGCAAAUUUGUUAAGAGCAAUAUUGUGACCGCUGCAACGGUCUUUAUCAAGCUUGAUGAAGACUGUUGCUAUUGUACAUUUUGGGCACCUGAAUAAAGGGACACUACUUUCAAAAGGAAGUUCUGGAUUUUAUUUGCAUACUUUCCUCAAUAUAUAUUGGUUUGGGUGGAACCAGAUUCCUUGCACACUUGUGUGGGUGGUAGGUGCUGUUCAAAAUGUUUAAGAAUGGUUUGACAUGUUAGCCAGUGUCAGCCCCGCACAGUUCCCAACCUCCACUAUACUGCUGAGUUAGAGCCAGACACUCUUGCUCAUGCAAUUCUUAUGGCUCCUGUGAGCUUAGCUGCUGGACUUGGGUCAGUGGAGUGACCUUCUGGCUCUCAUUGAACAGUAACGGAGGUAGGGUGCACAUCCAGUGGACUGAGGUAAGAAGUUAAACCGUUGUUAAUCAAUUUGACUCCUUACAGUUGGUUGGGGGGGAGGGGAGGGGGUCAAGGGCAAUACAGGCAUCUUACUUAAGCAUGCUGUAGAGGUCAGAGUCACUUUAUUUUUCUUUCUUAUGUUUUCAUGUGUUUUUUUUUUUUCUUUUUGAACAAUAAUUUACAAUUCGUUUUUAGCUAUAGUUAGAUUUAAAAAGGUUACAUACCUCUUAUACAACUAAUAUCACAAAUACCAUUUUUGUGUAGGAUUACAGCAUAAAUCUUUUUUUUAACUGUAGUUGUUGUAAUAGUUAAGUUUCACACAAAAAAUAAAUGCAUUUCUCUUUAUUAAUGUUAACAAAUGUGUUGGACAAUUAUUUUACAUUGGUAGUUUUGCAGAAAUCAUUUUGUAGUUGCUUUGUUCGUGUGAAAAUUCCUAAACAUCUUGCAUAACUCAGUGCAGUUACAGUCCUGCUAUGUUUCAUUGCCAUAGGGAAUUAAUCCACAUAAUUUGUGUUAAACCAUUGUAUCAACCAAUCAUUGUUUAUAAAUUAAACCGGUGUUUGCUAAACUCUUGGCUCGUGUCUGUUUGACCUCCCCAUAAUUAUAUGACCUCUUAUGUAUAUUCAUGAUUUAGUGCAACUAAAGGCGCAUGAAUUAAGGCACCAGAAGCAUUUUCAUUGGCCCUCGGGCUGUCUGGGAAUGUCACCAGUUUUAUACCGCAUGAUUCUUUGACUAGCCCUAUCCCAAUCCUGCACUAUAUAAAUAUUAAUGUAUAGCUCAAAUCAUGCCUUUCUGUUGCAAUGCAUUCUCCAUGUCUGACUAUGGCAUAUGUGUGUGUGUGUGUGUGUGUGUGUGUGUGUAUAUAUAUAUAAUGUAUAUUUGUAUGUAUGCGCUUUUUUACACGUGUAAAUCUGAUCUUGGGCCACUUCACUUGAUCUUUCACUGGUUCUAGAUUAAGCUGAACAACAAAUUGCAGGGUUGAGGAAAGGAGAACAAAGUGAUGAAAAGUACCAUGGAAAUUGAGUGUGCAUGUGAAAUGAGCCUGUACAGCUGUUGUUCCCACGAGCUAGCCCUAUAUCUGUUUACAAGUAUCCUCAGUGGUUAAGGCUGUUUCCUAUGAAUAUUUCCUGUAUGAUGAUAAAAAAUAGGAAAAAAAUUCCAAAUCCAAUCUCUUUGUUCUGUCUUCUCUUGUAUUUAUUUUUUGCCUCAUUUGCGGUUUAACCAUAUAACCCUUUAGUAAAAAGGGGGAAAAAUGCACUGAAGUAUGUGGAAAGUCUUAGCUGCCCUCCGUUGCUAUGAUCUGAGAAUUGACCACUGUUUCCCAAGGGCAAGUAAGGUGAAUGAAUUGUAUUUCACAGGAGGUGAUGUAUUGUUGAAGUUGAAUAAAGACAAAGUCUUUAAACUUUAUUCAAAAACUAUGCAACCUGUGACCCCUUCUCUUAUAGCUGUUAAUGUGGUUCUAAUCCCAAUCAAGUCUAUUAAAUGGCUGACAGUGAUGGGAGUUAUAACUUAAGCACCGUUUUAAUUUUAUUUUAUCUUUCCAACCAUUUCCUCUAUUAAUUCACAUAUUUAACGGAUUAACAUCUUGUGCAAAAAGCCACUUUUCAUAUUGUAUUAUGGUAUUUCUGUUUAUAUUUUAUCUGUAUUUUUUUUUUUUUUUUACUUGCACCUAAGUUCAAAUGAAUUGAUUUCGCUUUAAAAUGAUUUAACUGGGUGCAGGAUGACGUUGUUUACAUCAUGAACGGUGGGCCUGCUGAUCAGUGUAAAAGUUUAAGUAUAAAUUGGGUGGAGUGUGAAACUUACCAUGCUGGUUGAGCAUAUUGGGAGUCCUAAUCCGCAGGCUCUAGCCUGCCAAAGGUCUCUGAUUCCUAAGUGUGUUGGCUGCAUUUUUUACAUUAUCACUGGUAUUACAUGCUGUGAGUUAUGUAUAUAGAAUUGAUCUGGGCCAAGGUUCUUAAACAGGUAAUUGACAUGAGCAUUUAUUUGGUUUCCAAGGUAAUUGUUCAACUUCUAGAACUUUGCCCCACAUUUGUUCUUCAUCCACAGUCUCCUGUAUGUUCACUCACUGCUUGGAGGGCUUGGAGUCCCUGGUGAACCCAUGGGAAGGAUUAUAGUUUUGUCCAUCCUGAUUGGUCAGAAAAUACUCUCAAUUUGUUUUAUUUUAAUAUUAGCAUGUGUAAAGUGCUUCUGAAGUACUCUAGAAUUAUUAUACAUUAAUUCUGCUAAUUCUUUGAAGAGCAGAUAGUUAUGUAAUGCAGUGAUCUGAUCAUUUCAUCAUGGUACUGAAAACCGUGCAAAGCACAGUCUUACAUUGGCACAAUCGAUAUUCCUAGAAUUACCUGUUAGGAAAGGUAUGGGGAUAGGAAGUAGUAAGAACAAAAGAGCCCCAUAGCACCACUAGGCCACAAAUCACACCCUGAAAGGUAUUCUAUUUUUUUGGUCAAUAUCAUCUUGUUAAACACUUGGUCAACACAUUAGUCCAAGCAUAAUCCGAGAUGGGUUGGUGGGCAGGUUGUAGAACAUUAUGCAGCCGUUUGAGUUGAAAGAGCAGUCUAGAAGGGGGGUGGGGGAGGCAAUGCCAUUGUUUGCACUGUUAUAUUUAGAGUAAUGGAAUGCAAGGCAGAUAACAUAAGACAGUACAUAUUCAUCUAAUAGAUAUAAUCAAAUAAAGUCCUUUCUAAUUUGAACUGUAAUUUUCCCAACUACCGAGCAGAAUACUAAUGGUGUCUCUCUACACAUAGUCCAGACCUCGGCCAAAAAAAGCAUAUAUAAUUUUUAUUAUAAUUAUUCUUGGCAAUUCUAAGGCAAAAUUACAAAAAGUACAUAUUUUUCCAUGCUGGAUGCUCUGGGGACUUUUUGUGCAGGACCACUUCUACCUCACUCGGAUGAUAUUGGUUCUUUUCUCUAAAAACCUAAUAUUUAUAUAAUUAGGAGUUCAUUCACUACAGGCCCUUCUUCCAUGAUUUCAGCAUGUCUAAAAUUGCAUUGUACUGACCUCUGCAUGGGUAAUUCUCAGAGAAGCCAUGAUCUGGCUCUUUGAGCACACAUGAUGGCACAGUCCUAGCAAUGUUAGAUGAGAAGAAGAAAACCAUUAUUUUUCUGACAUAUAGUGGCAGUACAAUAGGGAUGUACUCUUCCCUUGGGACAAGCAUCUGAAAUAAAUAAUUAACAUAAAAAGUACCUCCCCUUACUUGGUAUAAGAGACCCAACCAGCCCAGGGACCUCAGUUCUCUUUCUUGUUCCAACAGGAACAGAUGGCAUCUGGAAUAUGGAUGGUGAGGCAUAGCCUCCCAGGUGGAGAGCUGAAUGGCCAGAAAACAUCCUGCAGAUUACGGAGCAGGUAUGUAAGCCUGCUUUUAUGCCGAGUGCAGUCACCGGCAAAUCAUUGCCCGUUGAAGACGCAUGCGCACGGCGGUGGAACGCACGCCCGGGUGGGUUUGUGUUCCACCGGAGUUCCGACCGCGCUAUUGCGCAUGCGCGGUCUGAACUCCCCGAAAUGGUGCCAAAUUUAAAGGGGAUCUGCCUAUUUAUGCUGUGCAGAUCUUCCUGUCAGCAUGGAUACUCGGCAGUGAAGGUUUCCCUUGUCACCAGCCUUCCCACACGGGUCAGAGGUUUUAGAGGUAUGAUUGUUUAGACUCUCAUCUUUAAAACUCUUCAUAUUUUUUUUUAAAUUGUUUCUACAAAAUGAUUUAUUGCUUAUGUAUUACAGAUAUGUCUAGUCCUGUCUCUACUGAUAAUAUGGAUAAAGACAAAGUGCCCACACCUGCUUUUAAAAAAGCCAGUUCCAAAACUAAACAUCUUUGUUGUAGUGAAUGCUCUACUCCUUUACCAGAUAGUUUUAAAAGGAAAGUCUGUAAUGUUUGCUCUUCCUUAACGCUAGAAAAAUCCAAGCAACAAGAGAUGAAAUCCUUUUUGUCUUGGUUUCAGGAUAAUCUGACCCAAACUUUUGAGUCUUUUUUAAAGAUCCUGCUCACACUUCUCCUGUAAAAGCUACUAAACAGAAGUCUAAAAGGAAGAGAACUCAUCUAGUUCAGAACUAUCCUCGGGUGAAUGUUCUUUUUCUUAUUCAGAAUUAUCUAGCGACUUCUAUUUCUGAGGUUGGAUUUCCUCAUGAUGAGUUGAUAAAAUUUAUUAAAGAGGUUAAUGUUAUCCUUUCUGAUGAACGGUAGAUAAAUCCAAGGGUAAAACACUGCCAGUCCAACUAAAAAUGCUGGAUUUAAUAUUCAGAGAAUGGAAGAACCCUGAGAAAGGGGCUUUUGUCUCCAGACACUUUAAAAGUAUUGUUAAAAUAGAAGAGGAAGAUAAAUGGGAAGAAUUGCCGGUGGUUGAUGAACAAGUGGCUCAAUUGUCUAAAAAAACUACCAUACCUAUUGGUGAAGUUUCUGGUCUGAAAGACCCUAUGGAUAAGAGGGCUGAAACUUCCAGCAGAAGGGCUUAUCACGCUGCAGGUUUCCAGGCUAAAGCAGCAUUAGCCAGGGCUUCAGUGGUGAGAGCUCAGAAUCUUUGGCUUAACACUUUGGAAUAUGGUCUGGGUGAUAACCAAGACAAAGGUCUUUCCCUCCUGUCACGGAGGUGAUAAAGCUUUCGGCUCGUGUCAUGCGUUUAACAUCUGUGGCCCGAAGGGUACUGUGGCUUAAAGCCUGGACAGCAGACAAUGCAUCAAAAUCUGCAUUAUGUGAACUGCCUUUGGAGAAGAAAAGGUUGUUUGGUUCUUCAUUAGAAGAGUUAAUCUGACAAAUGUCGGAAACCAAGAAGGCCCUGCCUCAAGACAGGAAAUAUGCCUGGAAACCCAGGUAUAGAAAUUUCCAGUUCAAAAACUGAAGGGGUUUUCAAGAAAAACGCAGGUUUUUUCGCCAACAAAGAAAAAAUCCAAGAUUUGACACACAAAAAUACCCUAAGUCUGACAGAAACAAACAUUUCUGACGCCAUCAGAGUGGGCAGAAGGUUGCAAGGUUUUUUGCACAGAUGGAGGGAGACCACUACAAAUCCAUGGAUUCUGAAUCUGGUGCAAAAUAGAUACUGAAUAAAAUUCUUAGAUGUUCCAAGACCGUGUUUCCUUGUCUCCUCCUACCGGUCGAAGUUAAAAAAAACCAAGCCCUUUUUUCUGCCACGGUCUCCCUAUUAAUAAAAGGUGUGUUAGAAAGGAUUCCACCUUCUCAAGUAUAUCAAGGUUGUUCCUAGUCCCAAAACCUGACAUGUCUUUUCGUCCAAUCUUGGAUCUAAAAAACCUGAACAAACUCAUUCCUUACCAACAUUUCAGAAUGGAGACUAUAGCGUCUGUCACCCAUAUCCUUUGAAAAAGAGAUUUCAUGGCAACUUUGGAUCUAAAGGAUGCCUACCUCCAUAUUCCUAUGGAUGUGAAAUCAAGAAAAUACCUGAGGUUUGCUAUAAGGAAAGGGAAAAAGGUCCAUCGUUUCCAAUUCAAAGCCCUUCCAUUCGGGCUAGCUUCAGCACCCAGGAUUUUUACAAAGGUCCUCACACCGGUCACAGCUUUUUUUAAGGAUGCAAGGAAUCACAGUAGUACCUUACUUGGACGACUGGUUAAUAAAGGCAGAUUCAAGAAGCGCUCUAGAGUCAGAUGUGGCCUAUACGCUAGAAAUCCUGGAAGAACAUGGUUGGAUUAUCAACCUAGAAAAAUCCCACCUUACCCCUACGAGGUCUAUCCUGUUUCUAGGGUUUUUGAUCAAGUCUGAGUCUCUGUCUGUUCAUCUGACAAGAGACAAGAGAAAAAAGAUAAAGAUUUUAAUAAAAAAACCUUCUUGGAUGUCAGAAUGUUCGGUGAGGAAAGCCAUGCAGGUUUUACGUCAUCUAACCUCUACAAUUCCGGCAAUAAAAUGGGCCAGAGUGGACAUUCUUGUCCAAUGGUCAAAGAAGGAAGAAGACUUGGAUGCUUUAAUGAGUAUAUCAGAUCAUACAAAAGAAAAGAUCUCUUGGUGGCUAGGGGAAAAAUUCAUUACAGAAGGCCUGUCUUUUCGUCAAAAAUCUUGGAUCGUGAUUUCUACAGACGCUUCAAAUACAGGUAGGGGAGCUCACCUCCUGUAUCACUUAAGACAAGGUGUUUGGUCGAAAAAGGAAACAAAGGAGUCUUCAAAUUUCAGGGAGUUGUUGGCAGUUCUCUAUGCUUUUCAGCAGUUCAAGGAUUUCAUUAUAGGAAAAGCUGUAAAGAUCCAGUCGGACAAUCAGACUACAGUCUCCUACCUAAAGAAACAAGGCGGUACAAGCGUAAAAAAAUUGUAUUUCCUUUGCUCACGGAUUAUGUCCUGGGCUCAGUCUUCUAGACUACAUUUCCGCCAUUCACAUUCGAGGAGUAGACAACGUGGUAGCGGACGAUUUAAGCAGAUCAAAAUGGUCCCAGAACAAGUGGUCUCUCAAUACAGAAAUUUUCGCUCAUCUGGUGAAGAGAUUCGGUCUGCCAGUCAUAGACCUUAUGGCAAGAAGAUCAAAUGAAAAAGUAAGAUCGUUUGCCUCCCUCUUCAAGGUAGACAAGCCGCUGGUAAUAGAUGGUCUUUCGAUCUGGUGGGAGUUUCCCCUUGCUUACAUUUUUCCCCCAGUGAGCCUUGUCCCAAAUAUUCUGCAAAAGGUAACAUCAGAUCAAGCUCGUAUUCUGGCCAUAAUACCGUACUGGCCAAACCGCAGCUGGUUCUCGGUUUUAAAGAAGAUGGCUUUAACCCCUUAAGGACACAUGACGUGUGGCCUGUCAUGAUUCCCUUUUAUUCCAGAAGUUUGGCCCUUAAGGGGUUAAAGUACUGGAUUCUCCCGGUAACACCGGAUCUUCUGGAAAAUAAGGGAAUUCCAGUAGAAGUAUUGAACAUGUUCAGGUUGACGGCUUGGCUGCUGCACGGCUAAUUCUGCAUAAUAGGGGCAUUAAAGAAGAGAGGUUUCAGUUACUGUUAAAUUCUACCAGAAGCUCUACUUCUUCUAUCUACUUAAAAAUUUGGACGAGAUUUCUUAACUGGUGCAUAUCUCAUCGUUGCAUAGGAUCCUCUCCUUCUACUGAUCCUAUCCUUCAUUUAUUGCAAGAUGGUCUUGCUCAAGGUUUUAGUCUGUCUGCCCUCAAAGUCCAAGUUUCCGCUCUGUCAUUUCUUGGUAAAAAAAAUUGGGCUUCUGAUCCUCUCGUUAGAUUUUUUUUUUUUAAAAGCUGUUAGACUUGUUUUCCCUCUUGGGAUUUGUCUUUUUAGUUUUGAAAUCUCUGUGUACUGAGCCUUUCAAACCUUUGGAAGAAGCUUCAUUGAAGAAUCUGUCCCUGAAAACCGUGUUUUUGGUGGCCAUUACUUCGGCUAAGAGGAUAGGGGAACUCCAGGCCCUUUCUUCCUCUCCUGCGUUUACAAAACUUCUUCCGGAUAAAGUGGUUAUGUACCCUAAGCCUUCCUUUCUUCCGAAAGUCAUCUCCAAGUUUUUAAACCAACCUAUUUUUCUUCCUUCCUUUAAUGGUCCAUCUAUGAGAGAUUGGAAAUUUGAUUGGAGCCAACUAGAUGUGGGUAGGUCUCUGAAAAUCUACUUGGACUGCUCCUCUACAUAUAGGAUGACUGAUCAUCUAUUGUGAAUUUCUUUGGAAAAUUUAAAGGCCAAGUGGCCCCCAAGGCCACUUUAGCUAGAUGGUUGGUGGAUACUAUUAAAUUGGCUUAUUCUUCCUCGAAUCUACUUCUGCCUGCCUCCUUGAAAGCACAUUCUACUAGAGCCAUGGCUGCCUCUUGGGCCGAAAAAGCGUGUGCCUCUCCGGAAGAUAUAUUCAAGGUGGCUACCUAGUCUUCUUUCAACACUUUUUUUUUUGUCAAGCAUUACAGGCUAGACGUAUUCUCUGCCUCUGACGCUGAUUUUGGGCACAAGGUGUUACAAGCUGUUAUUGCCUAACUUCCCGCCCUUAGUAUGGGAUCUCGAUAUAUCCCUAUUGUACUGCCACCAUAUGUCAGGAAAAACUGUAAUUUUACUCACCGUAAAUUCCUUUUUCCUUAAUUUAGAUUUAAAUCACUCCCUCCCUUUAUGUUUAUAUAUUAUAUUUGGGUGUUCUAUGGAUUCACUGAGGUGUUCUUGGUACGUACUGAGGUCCCUGGGCUGGUUGGGUCUCUUAUACCUGGUAAGGGGAGGUACUUUUUAUGUUAAUUAUUUCAGAUGCUUGGGAAGAGUACAUCCCUAUUGUAUUGCCUUUUUCAAGAGAUUAGCAAAAACAUACAGCACCAACAUAGGCUGCAGCGUAGCGUGUAUAUAUAUAUAUAUCUCUAUCUUUCUCGAUGGACUGCUCUGUGCUAUACAUUUAGUUUUAGCAGUGUUGCCAAAAAAUUGCUAACUGGUUCGUUUGUAACACAGAAUAAUACGAAUUUCAUAGUAAAUAAAAGCAACGUAGCUUUGAAAAUUGCAUUUUAAUUUUUUUAGUCAAAUGUAUAUGUAUACAUUUUUUUUUUUUUUUUUUGGUAAGAGUCUCUAAUGGGUUUUGCACGGUUUCUAGAGCAAUUUGACUGCUUGGAGAGCUUACCUGAUGUGAGAUCACUCUGUUGGCUUUAUUUGAAUAAAGUUCCACAAUGAAAGAUUUGAUUCUUUAAUGCAGGUAGUUUCUGUCAUCUGGAUAUUCAAUGUGAUAGAGCUACACUAUAGUCAAUGGACUGUGGAACGUCCUUAAGUGCAAGUUUCUCAGAUAAGACAAAACUCUUACUAUUGGGCCUUUCACUGAGCAGUGAGUACCAGUACAUUAACAACUGCCUUUCAAAAUGAAGACCGAAAUAGUUAGCGUUAAAAACUUCCAGCUUGGUUGUGUUGGCACAUAUUAUGCAAGUUAUUCGAUGCAAAGGAUGGCACACUCCGGCAACAAUAAUGGUGCUAUUGCCAAACAUUCCGAAGACGCUACUUCUAAUGUCAGUUCAAUGAAAUGAAGGCCAGGCAUGUUGGUAUAAAAAUCUUUUAUAUCCAGUUUAGUGUAUGGAAGCAUUUUCUUGGGUCAGACAAUGUUUGAAAACCGAAAGUCUCUAUGAUCUGCAUUGGUGCAGGGAGUGAAGUGUGUGUGUGUGUGUGUGUGUGUGUGUGUGUGUGUGUGUGUGUGUGUGUGUAUGUAUAUGGCUGAAAAGCCCUGUCUUAAAAAAAAGGUAGGGAUAGAUGUAACUUUCCUUUUCUUUUCCAUGUACUUCAUUAAUAAAAACAAAAAAAUCUAUUUCCUUUUGAACACUUGAUGAAAGGGUUAUUCUAUUAAAAUAGUUUUCAUUUAAAGGAACUCUCCAAGCUACUCUCUUAAGAAGAGGUGGUGGUUGGCACACAGCAGACCAGGUAACAGAUUACUUACAGUGGGGUGAGUGCCAGGACACCAAAACCACUAUAGUUUGGCUAUGGUGCUUGAAGUAUUCCUUUACUCUAUUCAUAGAAUGAUCAUAUAAAACUUGAGGAUAUCCUUCUGUAGGUCACUGGGGGCUAACUUUGGCUCCUAGAUGUUUAUGAAGUAAAUUUCCAGUGUAGCUCUGCCAGCCUUUAUCCUUUAGGCUUGCUGAUACUGAUCACUGUGGCGGAACCAGCCUCGCCACUGGGCAUUGGAGAAGACUGAUUGCCAGCCUCCUGCCCUGGGACUAUGGCCCCAUGUUGAAAUGCUUGAUUUUCCCUGUGACGGUACCAACCCCGCCACUGGGCAUUGGAGGAGCCUGGUUGCUUGCAUGCUCCCUCUGAACUAUGGCCCCAUGUUGAAACACUUUUUCUGCCCCUUUGAAUACAUGAGAAGGUGUGCCCCUCCCCUGUUUCUUGUCUAUUGUUUUCCAGCAGGGCGUUGUCCCAGGGACACUGCCAGACCAGUUGGAACUUGUUGCUAUGGUUUAACCCCAUGGCGAUUUGACUGUGUUUGUGGUAUCUGAGCGCUGUUCGGAUAUAGUGAGCGCUCAGAUGAAUGUGGGGGUUCUGUUAAGUAUAAUAGGAAUUAUGUGUUAUUUUAUGUGUUUUAUGUGUUUUUACUGUUGUUGUGAAUAGAGCUAUUUUCUGUAUGCUAGAGGUAAUUGGAUUACCACACCCAAGCCAUGCUUGCAGACGGUCACAAAGGGACUUCCAACUAACUUUUGUCCCACUGGACCAAUUUGUAUGAUUUUGAUGUAUGUUUGUAUUUGGAGUAUGCUGAAAAUGUAAGUUUCAUGUGAAUGUGAUGUAUACUUUUAGAGUUAUGAAUAUUGUGUAAAACUGUGUAUUUUCCUGCCUGUGAUAAUUACAUUAGACAUUGUGUUCAGUAAUUAUAUCACAGGCAGGGGGGAGGAUUUUGUGUGGAGUGUCUGAGUGUAUUGUACGUAUUGAUUGGUUGUUCUGCAAAACCCUGUGGGCAGUACUGUGUGUGUAAAAUGUGCAUAAAAGCAGAGUGUUUGAUUAAAAGCUUGAGUUCUACUUCACCCUCAAUUUGGAGUGUCGUCUCUUAUUGGGGGAAUCUGCUACAAGGGAUUGCUAUGCUAGUCAAUGCUAUAUCACUACUAAGCUCUAGUAAGAGCUUGUUCCUGUCUUGCUCUCUGAAGGAGUCUACAGUGGUUAUGGUGUCGGCUGGAGUGCUUGGAGCCCUCAGGAAGCACUAGGAGCAUCCUUCAACGGAGGUACCCAGUCGGGGUGCCAGGUGAUCCGUUACAAUCACCAUAAGACCUUUCAUAAACUCUCUAGGUUACCAAGGUUAGAUAUUACAGCAUAAGGUUGUUUUUCUUUUUCUUUUUUUUCCCUUUUUUUUUUUUUUUUAUGUCCUUUGAGCAUAGGCUAAUAAGCUGGCUUAACGCAUUUUAUUCAGGGAUGCUUAUAUAGGUCGCACUAAACUGAUGGAUGGCUACAUGAUGAUGAAGUUAAUCUGCCGACAGAGUCAUUUGUCUCCUGAGGACUCUGGCAUCGAGCAUGUCAUUAGCCUCUGAAGAACUGCUCUUUACCAUGACGUUUUGUUUGUAGAGCUACGGGAAUCCACCGGUCUUCUGCAAUAGAAGAUCCAGGGUAAUUUAAUUUAGCUAAUGUCUGAUAGAUUCAUCGGAAAACAUCUUUGAUUUUAUACACUUUGUGGCAAGAUCUAUUCAAUUACUGGCCAAACACAUUGAUCACUAGAAUUGAAAUAGGUUUAAAGUGCUAUUCAGAGUCGGCUCAGUGCAACAGCUAUAUAUAUAUAUAUAUAUAUAUAUAUAUAUAUAUAUAUAUAUAUAUUUAUAUUUAUUAUUUUUAUUGCUAAAUAAUUAUUAUUUAUAGGGUACAGUUUAGCAGUGUAUAUAAAUUAUUUGUGCCCAGCUUCUCCAAGAGGUUCUGAGAAGAUGAUUUAAGGGUAAAGGUAGACCUUGUUUUAUAAGGGAGAGAUAAGGUUGCAGUUGACUUUUUCUUGAAAUGACACUGAUCAUGAAAUAUUUGAACAAUAUCUCUAAGCCUACAUUUACUGAUUUACUGAACUAAAAGGAAAAAUAUCUUCUUAAAUGUAUUUAUGGAUCUAGGAAAAACAAAUUGCAGAAUAGAUGUAGUGUAGAGGUAAGGAACAGUAGGAUCAAAUAAAUUGUGAGAUGGUUUUGUUGUGUGUGUGUGUGUGUAUGUAUGUAGAUAUUAUUUUUUUUUUCCUAAUGCAAAAACCCAUCACAUUAUUAAAUACAUGUGUUUGUGUUCAGUAUGUAUAUAUUCAUUUGAGAAUGUGGCAAAUAUGUUAUAGUAACAGCAUACAUAUUUUAUAAACACAAGUCUAUCGAUCUAUAUCUCUAGAGAAGUGUGGGAGGAUGAUGGCAAAAAGAGGGAAGAUGGUCAGGAUAGAAGGAGUUGAAGUUCCAGAAGGCCAAAUAGAAGAUGUAGAGAACAGCUACAAGUACCUGGGGGUUCUACAAAUGCAUGGCAACCAUAUGGAAGAGGCAAGGAGGAUAGCAACAUCCAAGUACUUCCAAAGAGUCAGACAGGUCCUGAAGUCCCAGCUCAAUGGCAAGAACAAGAUCCAAGCCAUCCGCACAUAUGCCCUACCGGUCAUCAGGUACCCAGCUGGAAUAAUAACCUGGCCAAGAGAAGAACUGGUCACCAUGGAUGUCAAGACCAGAAAACUACUUACUAUGAAUGGAGGAUUUCACCCGAAAUCCAGCACCCAGAGACUGGACACCUGCCGGAAGAAAGGAGGUCAGGGCCUGAUGAGUGUCAAGGCCACAGUCCUGGAUGAAACAGAGCAUCCACAAGUACAUCACGAAGAUGUCUCUCAAAGAUGAACUGCUAAGGGAAUGCCUGAGAUGUCAACAGAUGGAGGAUGCAGAAAAGACAAACCUCUCCAUAGGGUGUACCACUGGCAAGACAAACCUCUCCGCAGGGUGUACCACUGGCAGAUAGUGUAUGUGGUUGUAAAAGGCAGGACUGAAAGACAUCACUGAGGCACUAAUCCUAGCAGCACAAGAGCAGGCACUCAGCACCAGAUCAAUAGAAGCUGGAGUCUACCACACCAGGCAAGACCCAAAGUGCAGACUGUGCAAAGAGGCCUCUGACACAGUCCAGCACCUAGUAGCCGGAUGCAAGAUGUUAGCAGGAACAGCAUACACAGUAAAACUUAACCAAGUAGCUGGGAUUGUGUACCGAAACAUCUGCACAGAAUAUGGAUUGGACCUGCCUAAGUCCAGAUGGGAGAAUACCACAAAGGGUAGUCGAGAAUGACAGGGCUAAGAUCCUGUGGGACUUCAAGAUCCAGACAGAGAAGCAAGUGCUGACCAACCAACCCGACGACAUGGUGGUAGACAAGUAACGGAAGACUGCAGUCGUGGUAGAUGUGGCAAUACCCAGUAACUAUAAGUUCAGAAAGAAGGACCAUGAGAAAGUGGAGAAAUACAGAGGACUGAAGAACUAGAAAGGAUGUGGAAAGUGAAGGCAGUAGUAGUCCCGGUUGUGAUAGGAGCACUCGGGGCUGUGACUCCCAAGUUAGGGGAGUGGCUUCCACAGAUUCCAGGUGGGACAUCUGAGAUCGCUGUCCAGAAGAGUGCAGUUCUAGGAACAGCUAAGAUACUGCGCAGAACCCUCAAACUCCUAGGCCUCUGAUAGAGGACCUGAGAAUGAGGAAUAUACAUACCACCCAGGAGUUUUGUUUUGUUUUUUUCCACACAUACAUUUUAUAAUGUUGUGAUAGGUUUUUGAUGUGGGAUUUUGAAUUGAAAUUUUUUUUUUUAAGUUUUUGCGGAAUUCUGCGUCUUUAUGUCAACACAGGACACCCAGCAAAGCUUUCUGGGUACUGCAAUUUAGCUAACAGCUGUAUUAAAGGGACACUCCAGUGCCAGGAAAACAAUCAGUUUUCCUGGCACUGCAGGUCCCCUCUCCCUCCCAUCCCAGGUUGCUGAAGGGGUUAAAACUCCUUCAAUGACUUACCUUUAUACAGCGCCGACUUCAUCCGGCGGGGGAGACCUAUUGCGCAUGUGCGGCCGGAGACUGGGGGAGACCUACCGCGCACGCGCAUUAGAUGCUUUCAAUGCUAUCCUAUCGGGAUUUCAGCGACGCUGGAGGUCCCCACGUAGCGUGAGGACGUCCAGCGACGCUAUAGCACAAAAAAGUAUGAAAACUGCAAUAUUUACAGUUGCAGGGCUAAGGGUAUUGCACCCAGACCACUCCAAUGGGCAGAAGUGGUCUGGGUGUCUGGAGUGUCCCUUUUAAGCUAACAAUCCACUAACUGAACCUUGCUCUGCCCAUUGUGCCCUUACACAGGAGUGUUGUGAUAACAUUACUGGAACACACUGGCUGAUUAUUAUUGCUGGCAUUUAUAAAGUGAAUACAAAGAAACAAGUCCUGCGCUCAAACUCCCAUUACUCCUGUGCGGCAGCAACGAGCAUAGUACACACCAGCCAAAAUACAUAUAGUAAAAACUAAAGAAAAAAGUUACCUGCGCUCUUAUCACAUCCCUAUGUAUUUUUAAACAAAUGGAGGUUUUUAGUUACCUCCAAUGGCCAUGAGAGGGUAUGCCCACCUGCCACGUCAAGGCAGACCUCUUAGGUAUUUUGGCUGUUGUGUACUAUGGUCGUUGCUGCCGCCCAGGAGUAAUGGGAGUUUGAACGCAGGACUUGUUUCUUUGUAUUUGUAUUCACUUUUGUAUCACACAGCUAGGUUACAAUGCCGCUGCCCAUCCCAUGUAUUCCCUAUUAAGGGUUAAUAAGCUUGUAGGGAUGUAUAUAAAUAAUACCCCUUUCUGUCUCAUUAGAGAGGUUUUUGCCAGAAGCUCAAAGAAGCAAGGCAAAUGGUUAGUUAGGACCCACCUAAGAGGUCUGCCUUGACGUGGCAGGUGGGCAUACCCUCUCAUGGCCAUUGGCGGUAACUAAAAACCUCCAUUUGUUUAAAAAACAUAGGGAUGUGGAAAGAGCGCAAGUAAUUUUUUCUUUUUUUUUCUUUGGUAUUUAUAAAGUCACUGAUAAUUGUUUUGGCUUGGACAUUCCAAAAUCUUAAAAUAAAUAAAGCAUUGGAAAUGAUUGCAAAUGUAGAACCUUCAAAUCGGUGUGUGUGUGUGUGUUUGUUUAAAAAAAAUAAAAUUAAAAAUAUAUAUAUUUUUAUUAUUAAAGGCAGUAUCUGACAAUAAAUUAAUAAAGCAAUAGGUCAGUUCCUGCAUGCAAUGCCCUUUAAGAGUCCUUACAGUUAAGGAGUAAAACAAUCACAAAAGACAACAUUCACUUACAUUCACAUACAAUUUGAUACUGUACAAUUCAGUAUUGCAGCUGCACAAAAUAGAUGAGACAAGAUGUUUUUUUAUUUUUAUUUAUUUGCUCUUUUUAAUUGACUAUUAAUUAAUAGGGUAUAAUGAGCACAGGUUAAGGGUAACAUGACUUGCCAUACAUGACAUUUCAUCCCAUGAAAGGCUACGCAGGGUUCAAAUUGCCUGGCUAGAUUUUGUUUCAUUUUUAAAAUUCUUUAUUUUUGCUCCACACACAAGCAUGAGUGGGAUUGUGCAUUGACAGUAAAAAAUAGGUUACAUCCAGAGCAUAUAAUGGCAAGAACAUAAACAUAAUUAAACAGUUGUAACUUCCUAUGUCUUGGGCUCGUGAGUAGAGGGUUUUUAAUAAGUAGACUAGUGGGGAUGACCGUAACUGGUCCAUGGUCCAUCUCUGUUGCUUAUGUCUAGUGGGUCCAGAGUAGGGCCAGUUAUUGCAAUAAAAGUGUAGGAUGGGGAUAAUCCGUUUUGGGUAUGGUGAUCUUUCUAGGUGGCUUCACUAUUCGGGCGUGCUGGUUGCCUGGCUGUGGUACAGUGCGACUGAGAGGGGAGGUUAGCGGCAACUGGCUCUGGAGAUGGACUUUGCAAUUCCCCGGCUCUGUUUCACCUGAGAGGUCAGCAUAGAACGAGAGGGAAACUAAUUGGGCAACUGUCGUUUUAUUAAAGCAAUAGAAUCUUGGAGCUUUUUUCCAAUGUUGUUGCUACUUUUUACCAUCCAGCAGCUACUUGGUAACAUGUCUGUCGUUACUAUUAUCGAGUAGCAACUGUUCACCAAUGACAAAAUUUCACCAGUAGCAACUGGAAGCUACUGGCUGCCGCUGCUUAAAGCCAGUAACUAAGUAUCUGCGAAUGGCUCUAGUUAUUCCUUGUGGACACAUUCUGAUAAACUGCUUGCUAGAGCAGGUGAACUCCAUCAAUCAAUUAACAGGAAAAGUUCUCCAGCUCUCUUAGUUUGCCCCAUAACCUGUUUUGGAAUUUUGCAAUUGCCUGGUCAAUUGUUAAGCAUUUCAUUCACUUUCAGGCAGUUGAAACUGAUGCCGUGUUGGUUUAUGCAGGUAAUGGUAGUCAAGGUAAUAUCUGACACUGGAUUUUCUGUAUUGGAAUUAUCUGCUUUCCGCUUGAGAUAAGGAAGUGUACUAAAUAUUUUACAUGUCAGAAAUGCAAAUAGUAAUUUUUUUUUUCAGAUUAAUGCUGCUUCUGUAUUGUCAAAAAAGUGAUCCCCCAACUCCGUUUCCCUUUAAAGCAAUAGUGGUGACUAUUUCUAUGUAUUGAUCUAAAAAAAAAAAAAAAUAACAUAACAUGUAGCACACUGAAAUAAAAUAGGUUUUAGCAUGUUAUAAGAAACAGUUAAUAUAUAUAUAUAUUUUUUUUUAUCUGAUUAAAAUAGAACUCCAGAUUUAUUUUCCGGUCUUUUAAAGCAUAUUGUGGUUUCCUUAAUCCAAGAUGCUGGGCAUAGGCUUCAUUGUUUGUAAAUGCAUGUGUGGAUCAAGCUGCUGAAGCUUAUUGUGUUGUUCUAUGACCGUUGUAUAAAUGUCUCCUGUAAUGCGAAACACUAAACCCAGCAUAAUGGUGUUUGUAUAAUCAUGUGUUUUAUUUUGAUAUAUUUUCUGUUUAGUUGAUGGCUCAACAACCAGUCCAAAUUAGUGGUUUUCUCUCUGAUUUUCAGAUUGUGCCUGGCUAAAAUAAAUUGACUAAUCUCUGUCCAGUAGAUACUUGUAAACUAGUAACAAACUAUAUGCACAUUUCCUUGUUAACAACAUUAUUAUUGUUGUUCAAAUGAUCAAAUAUAUACUGGUUUGAUAUACAUUGUAAGUAAUCCUGUGGAAGUUAGUCUUGUGAAUAGGUUUACAAAUUGAGGUACAUUUUAAUGGAACACUCUAAACAUAUUACAAAAAGUGCAGAUUUAAAACAAAUUUUUUUUUUUUAAAUACCAUUUCAUAUCUGAAAUACAAAAUAAAAAUUCUUUAAUAUACGGGUGUACAUAUAAAAGCAUGCAUGCAUUUAAUUGAUUUUUUUUGUUUCCCCCCUUUUUAAAACCACUUCAAAAAUCUGCAUAUCUCUUGUCUGGAGCCUGUUUAAACCCUUUUUCAGUGUUUUUUUUGUUUGUUUGUUUUUUUUAAAUGUGGGACUGCAGCAAAGUAUGAAGCUUUUGUGUGUGAAAAUGGCAGAGAUAAUGAUUUGCAUGAAGAAAAAAAAAUAUAAACAUACCGGUAGUUUCUGUUACAGUUUACAGAGAUAUUUAUAUACUUUGUUUAAUCUCUGGGGAACUGUGAGAUUGUGCCCUUUUGCAGCUACUUGCAGUGAACAUGUGAAUAAUCUGUCCUUUUUAUCGACCUAGAAGCUCGACCUGUGUGUUGUAGACCAUGCUGCUUGAUUGCAGGUCAGUGGAGAGCAGAGCUUAAUUAAGAGGGAGGUUCAAAAGAACGCCAAAAGGUGCCAGUACCCUAGGAGUAGAUUUCAUCAGCGUGCACAAAGUUUGCUGUCUGGACCGGAAAGCAAAUGACUAUAUAUUUAACUGUAAUUUGUAUUUUCAGGCCUCCAUACAUUCAGAUACCUUAGGGAGUUGUAGAUUUAAAUGUGAAAAGCACAGCUUGGUACCUAAGAAGGAAGGGGAUAGAUAGGGUGGUGUGUGAAAGAAACCACUCAAGGUAGAUCAUCUUUCACAGUCAUUCACAGAUGCUAGAUCCGCUGUGCUCAAAGUGAUUGAUUCAUGGUACUAGCCAAAGUGAAUCUAUUGGCGAAUGGAUUUCUUCUGUGCUAGUUACAUCUAUUUUUGCUGAUCAAAAAGAAGGCAAACAAAUUAGGAAAUAAUCCUUCUUGACCCCUGAUCCUUGGAUCAAGAAGCUACAACCCCACUAAUAAAAAUAUCACUGAUUACUAUGUUUUUGCAAGUAUUCAUCAAGUUGCUGUUUAAACAUCUGUACAGACUCUGAUAAAACCACCACUUCAGGCAGAGAAUAGGUGUGUAACUUUGCUCGAAGUGGAUAACUUUGUAUUUAUCUACAGUGAUGAAGUCUGUUCAUCUUGCUUAUCGUGCAAUGCUUAGUACAUGUAGUCCGCUCAGCUCACAAGUUUCCUUGCACCCAGAGACAGAAAAACUUCUGCUUGCUUAUACCUAUGGUUUCCUAGAUCUCUCACUUUGCUUGGAACUUCUUCAUAGAGGGUAAUAGGAUUCGCAUAUUCUUCCAUCAUACAUGCAAAUACAACGUUCUUGCUUCCUUUACCAAACUUUGAUGAGAUCCCAUCCAUAUAAUCUGUAAUUGUGUUUAUUUAUUUUUUUUAUUUUUUUUUUAUGUUUUUAUGUUUUAUCCAUUAUUCCCACUUAGGGAUGUCAUUGUGUAUAGUAUAUCAAAAUCAUGUUAAUGUCCCUAUAUAUUCUAAAAAUAAAUUGUUGACUAAUUUUUUUUCUAUUGUACUUUGUAGCCUGCAUGGUCUGAAAAAGCAUUCUAGAUCUCUGCACAUAUAAAUGGGGGAAUAGAUGUGAAUGAAACUUGUGUGUCAGAGUCCCUUUAACAAUUGAUGGUAGUAACCUCACUAAUUAUUUUUGUGGUAUGUUGCAGAGCCGAAACAGGUUUAAUGAGUUCCUUAAAGGAGACACCAUCUGACAGGAUGACACAAAUUUUAUAUCCACAAAAGGAGUGUUCUAGCGUGUCUUCGAAAUAAUUUUUCCAAAUAAUAAAGGUUUACAUAUGGGUCAAGACUGACCUUGAUAAAAUUAGUUAUGGUUACACUGAAACCAUAAGGACUUUAACCUUAUAAGAGACGACAGUGUGGAGUUGUGGAUGGGCCUGUCACGCUAACUUCAGACCCCUCCCCCCCACUCCGUCUGUUGUUCGUAACCAGAUCAAUGUAUCUAUAUCAAUUGAGAGUGAAUAUUCCGUCUUGGUGAGUAGGCAUUUACACCUGGUAAGUGUGUCAAACUUUUCUCUAGGCUUGAAGUGACAAGUGACAUUUAAGGCCUGGGUAGUAUUAUGGGAGUUAACAUUUUAAUCCUUGAUAGAUAUACAGUUUAAAAAGGUCACUCUCACCAGAAGUGAAUGUCUACUCCCCAGGGCAAAAUUCUCUUUCUUCUUACCUAAACUCAUCACGUUAUUUUCACUUAUCAAUUAUAUUUUCAGUAUAAUUUUUUUUUAAUGUUUUCUCUACCCGCAACUCUUGCCCAGGAGUUAUGUCUGUUCUGGCUUCUCCUCUGUAAGAAUAGAGAAUAGAAAACAUGCCUUUUAUUACCUUUGUUGGGGUCUUCCCUUCCACGUGAAUUUAGUUUAUAAUACCUUCUGUUGUGCAUCACGCUAGGUGUGUGACGUAAUCCAUCAAUGAUAGACAGCAAAAAAUAAGCCUACCAGAUACUUAUGGAAAGAAAAAGAAAGGAAGAUUGGGGGUAAAAAAAAAGAUCAAUUUUAGUAAUCUCUGUAUCCCCAGGUAAUUAAUAUACUCUUGCAAUAUGUGGGAUAUUUUAAAUAAUCCAUACCCUCUCUCACUCCUAAAAGGGAGGAGGAGUGUGUGGCAAAUCCAUAAUCCAUGUAAAUUAGAUUAUCAUUUAAAUCAAAGGAAUUGGAGGAUGAAACUUGCCCCCUUUCACUUUUAGGCUAUGGAUACUGAGGGUCAAGGGGUAAUUGUUUUGUAUCUACCAGAAAACCUAUUUCUAUGCUGUAAUUAACCCCCAUGGCAGUGCAGAUCCUUAACACUGUUGUAAAAUGAAGUUUGUCUAACACAUUGCUUAUAAAUAAAUGAGCAAUUGAUACAAAGUUACGUAACCAGUGAGCUUUUUGUAUCCUCGUGCGGAUGAAAUACAAUUACAUCCAAAAAAAAGGUGCUAAACAAAACAAAACCUAUUCAAUUCCCUAUCACCCCCCCUUUCCCAAUAAUCUGACAGAAUCAAACACUUCCCAGGUUGCUUGUGCUGUGAAUAAGCCUUUUAGAUGUAACAUUCCCGCAGGCAGUCUGGGAAACAACGUGAUAUUCACACAAAUACUCCUAUCCCCCUGAUGAAUCUAAAACGGUAGCCUUGUACACAAACACUUCUAUCCAGUUGUCUGUUUGAUCUUUUCUCACACACUAGGCCUCUAACCGGUCACCAGGGAUUUACGCUGACAGCCGUCUGUCGCUCUUCAUAGUGAUUUUUCAUUUUUCGGUCCUGAAGGUGUAUCCAGAAUCUGCUGCUGGAAAUGAUAAAUUCUAUAAAGUGUCAGCAUUAGGUGAUGGUGAAGAGGUAAAGGGCAUUUCUAUUAAGUUCCUAGUUUUUUUUUUCCAAUGCCUCACAGACCCUAUAUUUGCACUUUCAUUGAACUCUGCUUGAUUUCACUGUCUAGACCAGGGAUAGGCAACCUUUGGCACUCCAGAUGUUUUGGACUACAUCCCCCAUAAUGCUCUGACACCCAUAAUGCUGGCAAAGCAUCAUGGGAGGUAUAGCCCAAAACAUCUGGAGUGCUGAAGGUUGCCUAUGCCUGUUCUAGACUAGUGAAGUUGUUAAAAACAUUCAUUUUACUAUCACGUUAAAGAGAUAAAAAUGUAACCAAGAAAGCUCUUGGCAGUGCUAAUUUCAUGGAAAACUGUGAACUCAGAGACUGUCAGAGUUGUCUAGGCUGUAGCAGGCUGUGCACAUGCUUUGAUUUCCUCCUGUGAUAUAUGUGAUUGAGGGAGCGUGUUUUAGAGCUGCGGUGACUGUAACCUUCCUUGUCCCACAGUCCAUAGGGUAGCAUAAUUUUGUGUAAUGCUUCUCUUACCAUUGGCAGCCAUAUUUGUUCCAAUGUCGUGAACUUUAUUCCUCUAUACAUCUUAUUCCAUUCGUUUACUGGUUAAGACAGAUGUGGGUAACAUCAACUGCUUCGCACUUAGAAAGAAAGAAAACAAAAAAACGUGUGAGGUUUUAUGUUAAAUGAACAGUAUUGUGCUAGGGGUUCAAACCUGUGUUCCUAGUGGUAUAGUGUUCUCCUACCUAUUUAGGCAUCCUAUACUAGAGGCUUGUUAACCCUGCAAAGUAAACAUUGCAGAUCUAGCAUAGCAGCAAUGUUUUCAGUUGCAGGGUUAUGCAGACUAGGGCAUAGCACCCAGACCAAUUCGCUGGGAUAGUCUGUGUGCUUAUAACCUUAGUUGGCUCUAUAGGUUCAUGAUUUAUAACAGUUAGUUAACAGGCAUUGUCAAGCCCUAUUUUUCAACUGCUGUUUAGCAUGAUGAUAAAAUCUGAAAUUCUCUGGACACAAUGUAUGCAUUAUUUGUACAGGCUAAGUGCAUCAGCUGACCUGCUCAGUAAAUGCUAUCCAGAUAUGAUGAAACUGAUACUGCAAAUUUUACAGUAGAACAAGUGGGGGCUUGGCCGUGUGUGUGGCUUGGGGUUUUGGGCGGCUGCCCUCGUCCCCUGCUGCAACGCUAAAAACAAUAUAUGUUAAUCAAAGCUAAAUUAUACCACCUAAGAUUAAUGAGGCACCUGUGGCAAAGAGGAGGUAAAUCCUGCAGCUUGAUAAUAAUUCCAUAAUACUUCCAUAAAGAGAAAAAAAGCUAGCAAUUACAUGCAUGUGUUUAUAGGGGCUGAAAGGACCAAUGUGUUUACAUAAUGCAUUGGGGCGACACAUUUCAUGUAUAAUAAGCUAUGGAUUUCACAUGGCUCAAUAAACACCUGUUUAAUAUUAAAAUGUGGUACAUAGUAUAAUGUAAAUGGGAAAAGUCAUACCUUCAUUUUAAAUCUGUAUUUUUCUAGAUGUUCCUGCACUUUGUCGAUCAUUCUACAAUAUAUACUAAGAUAGUACACUAAGGGUUUUUUUUUUGUGGUUUUUUUCUUGCCUUGAUCAAAGGAAAACUCUAGUGGGGGGGGGGGGUGGAUAUAUAAAAAAAUUAUAAAGUACACCCCUUACAUUUUUGUAAAUGUUUUAUUAUCUUUUCAUGUGACAACACUGAAGAAAUGACACUCUGCUACAAUGUAAAGUAGUAAGUGUACAGCCGGUAUAACAGUGUAAAUUUGCUGUCCCCUCAAAAUAACUCCGCACACAGCCAUUAACCCCUUCAGGACGGAGUCGAUAGUACACGUUCUGAUCAAAACAAAAUGUAAACAAAAACUGGAAUUUGCGCUAUAUGUCUGUUCAACCAUAAUUCACCUCUUUCAUAUUAAGUGCACCCACAGUUGUUAUAUAUCAGUUUGUUCAGGAGAAACAGGGCUUUCAUUUCAUAUCAAAUAUUUAUAUAUGAAACAUAAUUUAUUAUGAAUAGAAUUUAAAAAAAACUGAGAAAUUAAAUGUAAAAAAAGAAAAUUGUAGUUCCGCCUCACAUUUUAGCUGUACAUGUCAUAAUACUGUUAGCUUUUACUGCAAAACAAGCACAUAUUUGGAUUCAGCAAAGUCUCACAAGUACAACAGUAUCCCCCCACUAACAGUUUUUACAGUGUUUUGGAAAGUUUAAGGGUCAAAUAUAGCACAUUCCAGUUUUCAGUUUUUUCAAAUUGAAAUUUGCCAGAUUAGUAAUGUUACCUUUGAGAGCGUAUGGUAGCCCAGGAAUAAGAUUUACCCCCAUGAUGGCAUACCAUUUGCAAAAGUAGACUACCCAAGGUAUUGCAAGUGGGGUAUUUCCAGUCUUUUGUAGUAGCCACUUAGUCACAAACACUGGCCAAAGUAAGCAUUCAUAUUUGUUUGUGUGGAAAAAACAAAUAUUUGCCCAGUGUUUAGUUACUAAAAAUGACUGGACAAACCCCAUUUGCAAUACCUUGGGUUGUCUACUUUUGCAAAUGGUAUUCCAUCAUAGGGGUAAUUCUUAUUCCUGAGCUACCAUACGGUCUCAAAAGGCAACAUAACCAAUCUGGAAAAUUUCAAUGUGAAAAAAAUGAAAUGCAAGCCUUAUAUUUGACUCUUUAACUUUCCAAAACACCAUAAAAACUGUACAUGGGGGGUACUGUUAUAAUUGGGUAACUUUACUGAACACAAAAAAAGUGUUUUAAAACCGUAAAACAUAUUACAACAAUAAUAUCAUCAGUAAAAGUGCCGUUCGUGUGAAAAAUGCAAAAAAACGUAACUUUUACUCCUGGUGCAGAAAGCCAUUACGGCGUUCUAUGUUGCCACAACGGCUUUAAAUUCCAUUUAAAUGGGGACGGCAUAGAACGCCGUAACGGCAUCAAGGAGUUAAUGUCCAAACCGUUGGCAACAAAUCUGAGUAUACCCCUAAAGUGGAAAUAUCCAAAUUGGGCCCAAUUAGCCAUUUUCCCUCCCCGGUGUCAUGUGACUCAGUGUUACAAGGCCUCAGGUGUGAAUGGGGAGCAGGUGUGUUAAAUUUGGGGUCAUCGCUCUCACACUCUCUCAUACUGGACACUGGAAGUUCAACAUGGCCCUUAAAAUCGGUGAAGUUGUCAUGGUGCUUAAAAUAACAGUUUAAUAUUAGUUGCAGCUUUACUUCAGAGGCAUUUUUCUAAAAAAAUGUUGCAAAUUUGAUUGUAGCACACCAGCCCCUCUUUGGUGUGGUCAAGAAUUGUAACACUCUGUGAUAUAUUUAAUGUGAGAAUUCAAAGGAUGAUUUGUGUUAUUGCAUUUACUGAAAAUUAAUAAAAAUGGAAGGCAAACUGAACAAAGGUCAUCCCUUGGAAUUGGUUCUGUGCAUGAAGAAUAAAGGAAAAUAAUAAAGGGGGAGGGGACGGGAAUAUUGAAAGAAAGUAAAUUGUAUUUAUAGUUUUGUUGCUUUGGUAUAAUAUGUUUGUGAUUGUUUUAUCGCCCUGAGUGUAGCUGCUUCCUUCCUGAUUUUCAUGCUGAGUUUUCAGCGGUGUCAAAUUACCUUGCUCUUUGCCCUUGUAAUCUUCCUAAGAGCCAAACAGCAAAAUGCACGUAAUCACAACAAAUUAGUACACGGAGCUGAACUUGAAUGGUUCUGCAGUGACACAGGCUAAAAAUAAGCCAAAGCUUUUAUCUUUCUAACAGGAAGCAAAAGGGAGGCAUUUAUGUUUCCAAAUAUAUUUAUUUAUUUUUUUGUUACCUUUUAGUAUUUUGAGUUUUUAGUGCUCAUAUUCAGUUUCUGCUUGUAACAUCGCAUGAUCCAAAAUUUACCACUUGUCAGAGGGGGGAGAGUGAAGGGAAUGCACGCAUGUGCAAGUGUGCACAGUGAUUUUUGCUAUGACAUCAAGCAGCUGCAUCUUUGCCGCGUCAUACGUUGUGACGCAACUAGCCAUUGUAUCUAUCAGAAAUUCUGCAGACUUUCUUAAAAUCUGUGGGGAAUUAAUCACACGGUCUUCGUUCAUGUCCCCAUGUCAGAAGUUGGUAUUUUAUUUUUAGGCAUUUGUGUAGUUACGGUUUUAAAUGUUUUUCAAAACACUUGCCACAUAAAUAGUCUUCAAAUCUGUAACCACAGUAAAGGAAGGCUGAUAUCACUUUCGUUACUCAUCUGAAACACAUUGGGUGGAACACAGUGUAGUGUUUGUCUCGGUGAGAGUUGGAGGAACUUUACACACCUUGUUGAUAGCAUAUUAUAACUUAAAGUUCGCUGCUGGCAUUUAAAUUUUUUUUUUUAUGUUUACGUCAAUUUCAGAUCAAGUAUUUUUGGGAAUAGUAUGUCUGUACAGGAUUGCUUACAGCGUCACGGGGGAAUAGUCUGAAGGGGUAUCAAAGAAAUAAAAUCAGCAUCCCUGAAUAGAAUAUGCAGAAGAGAUCAGUUUGGUUUUUUAAAUGCCUUUUCUGCCCCCUUGAUAAUAGUAAUACUGAUGAUAUAUUUUUAUUAUUUACAUCUAUGUAGUGAAAACUUAUUCCGCAGUGCUUCCCAAUAUUGUAAACAGGGAGAUUUAAAGGGACACUGUAGGCACCUGAACUUCUUCAGCUCAUUGAAGUGGUUUGGGUACAAUGUCCCAUCACCCUUAACCCUGAGCAUGUAAUUAUUGCAGUUUUUAUAAACUGCAAUCAUUUCCUGCUAGGGUUAACUCCACGUCUAGUGGUGGUCUACCAGACAGCCACUAGAUGGGCUUCUGGGCUUCAAGGCUACUUUUGGUCACCUAAAUUAUACUUGACGUCUUUACGCUAUGUAUGGGGACUUCCAGUGUGUCAGGAAUCCCCAUAGGAAAUGUUCAUUAGGUCUCUCCCGCUGGCGAAAAUGAAUUUGCUCAAACAAGCUUACUUAAGUAAAGGUUAAGUAAACCUUUACCCAGGUUUUAUUGGACAAGUUAAAUGGUCACCUAGCACAAAGUUGACAAUUCUCCUGUUGAUAUACUGUAACAAUACAUCGUAAAUUGGUGACAGUUUACAAGAAAGUGUUACGUUCCCAUUUUUUUCUUUUUUUUUUUGGACGCCUUGUCAUAGUACCCCUUGUCUCUAAUUGUGCAAAUAAAACACAUUUACCCUAAACAAUGCAAAAUCUUUGAAAACCACUCUCCUAAACAGUUUAAGUGCCAUAAACAUUCAUAGGCAUUCUUAUGAUUAGUGACGUGCGAACAACAGUGUCAACCCCAAUUUGUGCUUAAAACCAUUAAAGAGAUGAUACAAUGACAAUGUGUGCUCUGCCAAUUAACUUUGAGCUAUUCCCAUUGUAAAACAGACUUUCAGUUGAGUGCAGGUGUCCUUUUUCAUAACAUUGUAAUUUUGCUUUCUUUACAGAUGUUUAGAUCUCUUUAUCUCUUUCACUCUAAGGAAAGCCAUUCAGAUUUUAUCAGAUUACAUUGAUGUAAACAAAAGGAAGCUGGAGUUUAAUCAGCAGCAGCCCUUUGAUGUCACAAUGUGCUGAAUUGCUUGCCUCCUUCACUGUUCCUGGUUCAUCUGCUUCUGUUUGAAACCUCUGCAGAAUUUGGAUCUUGUUAGACAUAGGAAAUGGUUGCAGGUCAUGUGACUAAUCGGCAACAAAACCUAGUUUUCCUCAUAGUGCUAAAUACUCUACUUUGUACGCAGUAUUUAAAUAAACCUCCCUUUUUAUUUGUUUGUUUAACCAAUAAUAGCUCUUGCAGGAUGAAUAAUAUUCAGCUUGAGUAUUUAAAAGAAUAUUCCAAGCCCUAUAACAACUGUAGCCUGUUGUAUUGGUUUUUGUGCCAAGAGUGACCUGGCACCCUCCAGUGGUAAGUAGUCAAACUGUUUUUUUGUGAACAGUUGACACUCACCUCAGUGAGGUGACCCUGUCAGAAAGGGCUUAACUCAAUUGAGCUAAGAAAAUGUUGUGUUCCUUCAUUUACAAACCUGCAUUCCUAACACUAUAGUUCCCUUGUACCUAGCACUACAUAUGUAUCCCCCCUCCACCCCCAUACCUUAAAAAUAAUAAAAUAAACUAAUUAUGUAAAGUUUCCAGUGACUCAUUUGGUGCUGCUUACCUCUCAACUUCCUGCAACAUCAUGGAGGAGGCAUGACCUCCUCCGCCAAUGGUCCAAUCUAGUACUCCUCACAGAGGAGCAUUGGAGACCUAAUGUGCAUGCACGGCGAGCAUAAACAUUUUUUAUUUUUUUUAUUUACUUAUUAUAUAGUUACUCUUCACUGCUUGCAGCCUUGGAUUUGUACAAAUUAGGCAGGCAUUUGAAAUUAAUUAUUUAAACCAUAUGUUUAAAACUUAUUUAUUGCAAACCCUUCUCAAUCUAGCUCCUGUAUAGCACACAGGAAUAAUGCGCACCUUGCAUUAACGUAAUCAAAAUUCUCUUCUGCGCCUCAUCUCUUCAGCUUACGUUUCUUCUGGAAUGUCAUCUGAAACGUUUGUAAGCGUGCUUUUGCGAACCCUUGGGCUGUUGUUAAGCAGGCAGCCUCACUAUGGGCUUUAGUUUUCCUCACCAGAUGACACAUUGUGUUAGUUUAACAAUUCCACACGUGUUCUGGGUCAGGCACGCAGCCAAGAGUUCUGCGUUUUGCCAGCAUGGGAAAAUAAGCAUUAGGAUUUUCAGUAAUCCACAGAUCCGUCUCAGUUCGGCUCUUGUUCAUCACAGGCUGAGCGAGAGAGCUAUGGGGAGAUUGCUAGUAUUAGGUGGGAUGGGUAAUGAAAGGGUAGUUAGACUGUGAUAUGCGAUUUUCUUUAAAUGGAAAAUAUCUGUAAGUUGUGGUUUGGAAACCUACUUCUUGUUUAAUUUUACUGAUGCACGAUACAUAUGCAACCAAAGAUGUAUAGAAUUUGUAGUGAAGUCUAUUACGCCAAAUAUUGAUUCAUCUUCAGUAUAACAAUGAAUUACAAGCAGAGCUUUUUUGCCAUUCCUGAUGGAUAUUGUUCAUAUGUGACUUAUGGCUAGACUUGGGCAUGGCAAAAAUGUGUUGCUACAUCCGAAUUGAUAUGGUUCGAAUUUAUGAAAUUGUUCAGUUGUAAAGAAUGUAAAUGUGCAGUUCAAUUAUGCCUAGUUUCGAUUAUGGUCGGUCUGAAUCUGUCUAUGUAUAGUGCAGAGGUGCCCAAAAGGUAGAUCCCCAGAUGUUUUAAAACUACAUCUUCCAUGAAGCUUUGUCAUUCUAAAGGAAUUCUAAAUACAUGCAAAGCAUCAUGGGAUUUGAAGUUCAGCAACAUCUGGGGAUCUACCUUUUGGGCAGCCCUGGUAUAGUGCAUAUAACCUAAUCGGUUCUGCACGCUUAGAAAAUAAAUGUUCUAAUUACCCAAUUGCCAAAGUGGGAAAGACCCCAGACAGCAAGGUGUGACACACACACGCACAUUCUAACUUAAAAUUGGAGUAGUUCAAACCCCUGCUUAAUGACAUCACUUGCAAAAUGAUUCUUCCCCAUGUCAAUACAAGUAUAGUUGGUGUAUGUGCAACUUAUAUACCCACUAACUUUGAUAGUCUACUCAAUAGCAUUGUUUAUAUUUUAUCAGAAUGCUGGAGAACACUGUAAAGCAAAAUAGGACAAAAUUAACUGUUAUUUUGCGCAAUAAUUCUAAUUUCAGUAAAUUGAUACAAUGCCUCUUUUCCCCCAUAUAAUUACUAAUUAAAGGGACUUAUUGUCACCAAAACAAUGCUUGCUUAAUGAAGCAAUUUUUGUGUAUAGAUCAUGCCCAUAAAGUUUCACUGCUGAAAUCACUGCCAUUUAGGAAUUAAAACAUUUUUGUGUCUUAGUAUGCAGCCCAAGUCACACCUCCCUGGCUGUGACUGACACAGCCGACAUGAAAACAAAAUGGUUUCACCUUCAAUCAGAUGUAUCUUACUUUAGAACCUUUUUUUAUCUCAUGCUCUGUAAAUUGCCCUUUAAUUAUAUAUAGGACGCUCCUGCAGGCUCUAGCAAGCUGUUAACAGAGCAGGAGAUAGAAAAUUCUAAUUCGAAAUAAAACAUAAUUUGCAAUAAAGAAAGUGUAAACAUUAGAUGAUUCUUUACAGGAAGUGUUUACGAAGGCUGUUUUAACAUGCAGAGUAAUCUCUACCUUACAUACCUGUCUCCUGCUCUCUCCUAUGGGACAGUGCUUUGCUCUCUCCUCCAGCUCUGCUUCACUCCUACUUGAUAUUUAUUGUCCUAAUGUUUCAAAUACCCCACCUCCAAUAGUCUGCAAGCUCGUUUGAGCAGGGUCCUCUUCAACCUAUUGUUCCUGUAAGUUUUCUUGUAAUUGUCCUAUUUAUUGUUACACCCCCCCUCUCAAAAUAUUGUAAAGCGCUACAGAAUCCGUUGGCGCUAUAUAAAUGGCAAUAAUAAAUAAAUAAAUAAACAUGCAGUAAGCUGUGAUCUAACUCCUAAAUGGCAGAUAAUUGAGCAGUGAGACAGCAGGGGCAUGAUCUAUACACCAAAACUACUUCAUUAAGCUAAAGUUGGCUUGGGACUAUAGUGCCCCUAACUAUUGUGUGGGACUACACAUUUCAAACACCUCUGUUUGUUUUUACAGUGAUUGUGGGAAAUGCUCUGUACUUCCACCAAAAACAAAAUAAGGGCAAGAAAUUACUCAUUCUCCUCACCCACAUUCUCUUCUGAAAAGGGCUCGUUGUAGAAGCUGUAGAACUGGGUGUUUUCGGAAAUACUUUGUAUAGUGUUUUGUUAUGGUGUGUGUGUGUGUGUGUGUAUGUAUAUAUAUACAUAUAUAUUCAUUACAUGUAUUACAUGCAAGACCAUUUAAAGACUUUAAGAUGUCACAGUUUCGUUUUGUAUUGCUGAUUUGUAGCAACAAAUUAUAUACAUGCAGUAAACCUGUAACGCAUACUGCAGUACAAUGUAGUUUUUGAAAUUUAUCACUAAAUAUAUGAUUAUAAGGUUUGUGUUUGUGUGUGUUUUCUUCCCUGUGGAAUCCUGGAAUUCUUGUAGUUUUUAUUUCAUAUUUUGGUAUUUUUUCUAUAAAUAAUCAUAUUGUGUAAUCUGUAAGGUUACUGCUGUCUAUCACUAGUAUUUAGCCAGUUAAGGUUUUGUCACUUACAAGCACUCAGCCUUUUCUGGUCUGGUUUUCCCCCCCUCAGUGUUUCCCCUUUUUAACCACUUAUGUAUCAGUAUGAUGUUUGCCUACGUUGUUGAUGCUGUACGUGCAUGCCGAUACACAAUCAGACUGUAUCACGAGAUGCCUGUAAGGGUGGAUGCUUAGCCAGCCCACAUGUUACUGAUGCUGUUCAGUGUGCAAUAGACAAGCCAGCAGAUCCUGUAACAGGAAAUUCUCUGCUGGCUAAAGGUCACAUGAGGACAGGAGAGAAUACCAAGAAGUUUCUUGCACCUCAGAGGCUCUAUGUAGGAGCAGUAGAACAACAACAAAUGAUAAUAAAUACUUGGUCUUUAACCCUGCUGUGAAAAUAUGUUCUACACAAUUUUUCACAAAUGUAAUUGCAUGAAAUAGUCAGAAAGUGGUGGUCAGGUGGGAGGGGAGAAAUAUACAAGAAAUAUUCUGUUAAAUUUCCCUUUUCUCUCUUUUCACUCAUGUUCAAUUUUUAACACUUUCAAUGCCUGAGGGAAUGUGCCAACCUUUAUGGCAUGGGCAUUAAUUGAGCAUUACUGGCUAAAAAAAAUUUGGAAAUCUAGGUAAAUGGGACAGGGAAGACCUAGUCUAUAAUAAUUCCUGUGUGUACAUAUAUGUAUGAAUACACCAAGGUAGUAGGAUCGUCAUGAGCAAAGUAAAACCAGUAGAAAGAGUGGAGCAGCACUGUCAGAUUGUAGCCACAAAGAGUAUUUUUUUAUUUUUUUCCUCCCCUCUCCUCAUUAUGUUCUCUUAGGUGGGCACUGUCAUACUUAAGAACCAGGCUUAACCACCCCAAAGAGCACCCUCAUCCUUAUUAAGGAGAAGUAAUGAGCUAUUUGUAAAAGGCCAGUCUGCCCAUAAACAGUAAUGCAGGCAAAAGGGUGAGGUAAUUAAUAAAAAGGUGUAGUUAUAUGUUUUAAAUGAGCCAUAGGGUUGGAGGAGGAGGAAGGGGUUAAACACUUACCUUUCUGUAGCGGUGGGCUCCCUCAGCACUGGGGACUCUACUCCUCCUUCCGACAUCAUCGGCUGAAUGCGCAGCAAGAGCAGCGCGCGCAUUCAUUCAUUCCGUUCAUGGGAAAGCAUUCUCAAUGCUUUCCUAUGAAUGGUGGCAUCUUCUCACUGUGAAAAUCUGUGAGAAGCGCCUCUAGCAUCUGUCAAUGAGACAGCCACUAGAGGCUGAAUUAACCCAUUUGUAAAUAUUGCAGUUUCUCUGUUUACAGCAGGCAGGGUUAACCCUAGAUGGACCUGGCACCCAGACCACUUCAUUAAGCUGAAGUGGUCUGGGUGCCUAUAGUGGUCCUUUAAUGUUUUGAAUGACCGCUAGGAUCUAGUAUUAUACUAUUGUGACAAAUAAUUGCAAUUACUAUGUUUACAGUGGAAUAUGCACAUUAAACAAUUACAUAGCAAUCUCACACGUAUCUUGUAUCAUGGAAAGGAUCAGAAGUUAUCAAUGCAGAAUAUGUGAUGGCAAGGCACAUGUACACCUCUAUUAUGGUAAUCGCUCAAGUCCACGUAUAAAUGUUUGGUUUUUCUCUUGUUUUAUUUUUGGGGGGAUUCAUUUCUUCAAAACAUAUUCAGCAACCUGGGCUUAUAUCAUAUACAACCUGUGAAGGUCGGGCAGCCAUGUUUGACCUUCGUGCACCCAAGUUUCAAAGCUUAGAAUCUAAAUGGGUUAAGGAACACUCCAAUGUUAAAACCUAAUAUUGCGAAUUUAAUGUUGCAGUGUUCCUUUAAGUAGUGGAUGCCCACUAAUUUGCUUUUGUUUUUCUCUCUAAUGGAAAGUCCUUUCUCACUGCUGCUCCACACCACCCACAGAAGACACACUGAAGUGCUUAAGUCUAGACUGUCCCUUUAAUUACCCCAUUUCAAAAACAAGUACUUUUAACUAGACGUGUGCAUUCGUUUUCGUACGAAUACGAUUUUGGAUGAAAAUUCAGGUUUUUUCGAAAGUCCUACAUACAAAAUUUAAACUAAACGAAAGGGCAAAUCCCGAAUGCAUUACCAUUUCGUUCGUUUGAUAAACUCCCUGAUUGGUUGCUUUCAAAAAAGAAAGCAAGCUACCAAUCAGUGUUAUGAGUCAAAUUAAACAACAUGGGAAAAUUCCAAAGAACUUUUCAACGCUGUGUAAAAUGACACAGGGCACUCUGGUUGGAUUUCAAGCCGACCAAUCAGAGUGCUGUGACCGGUAAAUGUGUAGAGACUUACCGGUCAGUCUCUUCAUUUACCUGUCAGAGCACUCUGAUUGGUUGGCUUAAACCAGGAGCACUGAUUUAUAUUUAGUUUGAAAUGACAGCGAGCAGCCACUUAAAAUUGGAUAUAAAUGUAUCCUAUAUAGAAAUGUUAGAGCUAUUUGUGUAAAAAAUAGCUACUUUUUCAUAUUGCAACAUUGUUAUAGUUUUGGUAUAACUUUUGGUUACACGUACUCUUACUGUAGUUCUCUAUCACUUCUAUAUAAGAUACUGAUUUUUAUAUUCAGUUUUAAAUGUUUAGGCGACAUGCCCUUACUACACGGAGGGACCUGGCACAGGUACGGGGAUGUUGGAGGAUUUAACCUGUGCCUAUUGCACUAGUGACUGGGCAGCAAUAAUUGUCCAGUCACUAGUACUUUUACAUUUGUUUAGGUGACAUGCUGCAAGUAGGGGCAUGUUGGAGGAUUUAACCUCCCUUUUAUUAAUAUGGGGGUCAUAGUAACCCCCAUUGGUUUUCGUGCGGGGGGGUAGGAAUGGUUAUUUAUGACAAGGAGGGAGCUGGUUUUGCUGCCAGCUCCCUCCUUGUUUUUUGGGGUUUAUUUUUGCGUAUGCACAGUGCUGUUUUCGUCCCAAUGGACGAAAACACAUUUAUUUGUUAUAACGGAUAAAAUUCCGGAUUGACCAAUUAAAUUUUUAUUUAGUACGAAAUAAUUAAUACAAAAUGGCACAUGUCUACUUUUCAUAUUGUUUCCUGGUCAGAUUCAUGUAACGAGUGUCUCGCUUCAGAUAUAGUGGUCAUUAAAGGACCACUAUAGGUACCCAGACCACUAGUUUUAACCCUGCAGCUGAAAACAUAGCAUUUUCAGUGAAACUACUAUGUUUCAGUGAGGGUUAAUCCAGCCUCUGGUGACUUCCUCAGUGACCGCCACUAGAGGCCGCUUCCGCAAUUCUCACGGUGAAAAUCACAGUGAGAAGGCGCUUACAUCCAUAGGAAAGCAUUGAGUAAUGCUUUUCUGUGAGAGGUUUGAAUGCCCCGCAUGCGCAUUCGGCGCUGACGGCAUUUGGAGGAGAGGUCAUCUGGGCCGAGGGAGCUUAGCACUGGAGAAAGGUAAGUGGCUGAAGGGGUUUUAACCCCUUCAGACCAGUGGGAGGGGGGCCAUGAGGGUGGGGGGGACCCAAGGAAACAUAGUGCCAGGAAAACAAGUUUGUUUUCCUGGCACUAUAGUGGUCCUUUAAAGGCAGCAGUUCCCUGCAUAACGGGUCAUUCUAACAGAGACAUAUUUCCAUGUAAUGGAAUGCUAAAAAUUAUCUAGAUUCUACAUUGUUAUGGUGAUAUAAUGGGUGAUUGGACCCUUUGUCAAACCAUAGUGUCAUUUAUUAUUGAAAUUAAAUGUAAUUUGAAAAGAGACCGAUGAUCAACAGUUGUCCCCAUGUGUGCCCCAUUUCUCUUUUUGCUCUCUCCCCCCACCCCACCUUUUUUUUAAAAUUUUUUAUUAAUGCGAAACACUAUUCAGGUUAAUGUAUGUCGUUUUUUGUUUUGAGUUUUGUUUUUGAUGUUGUAGACUGCCUAAUUGAGACUGUGAAAUUCUAUCUCUUUGUGUUACUGGAAGCAUGGGGUUUCCCCUGAGACUAGAAACUACAAAUUAUGGUUAGAUUGUGACUGUGUAACUUUGACUGUUUGCAGUUCCUGCAGGUGAAGAGGACUAAAUGGUUGGCUGAGGUCAUGUCCCUUGGUCUCCUGGUCUGAAUGAUUUCAAAUUUGGCAGUUAUGUCUAAAACAGAAUGCUCUGUUUAAGCAAGAGCCUUCAGCAAAAACAAAACUAAAGAGUACCUUUGGACCCAGAUCCCCCUCUCUCAUUUUUUUUUUUUUUAUCUACCAUAUGUUUCGUAGGAGGCUGCUGUGUUUCAGCAAUAAAUAUCACCUUAAUCUCUCUUGAAACAGCAAUACAUGUGUUUAGAAAUAUGUACCGUAUAUACUCGUGUAUAAGUCGAUCUCAUGUAUAAGUCGAGUGCAGUUUUGUGACCAACAAUUGUGAAAUAUGCUAUGCCUCGUGGAUAAGUCGAGGGUAAAACUUGGGGCUAUGAAAUUCUGUGAUUUUUAUAAUUAUAUACACACACUCUGCAUUAAACACACACACUUAUACAAACACAUACUCUGCAUUAUAUAUAUAUAUAUAUAUGUGUAUAUAUAUGUAUGUGUAUGUAUGUGUAUAUAUAUGUAUGUGUAUAUGUAUAUGUGUAUAUGUAUAUAUAUAUAUAUAUAUGUGUAUAUAUAUAUAUAUACACACACACACACACUCUGCAUUAUACACACACACUCAUACAAACACACACUCUGCAUUAUAUACACACACACUCAUACAAACACACACUCUGCAUUAAACACACACACUUAUACAAACACAUACUCUGCAUUAUAUAUAUACACACACACACACACACACACACACACACACACACACACACACUCAUACAAACACACACUCUGCAUUAUAUACACACACUCUGUGUAUAUAAUGCAGAGUGUGUGUUUGUGUAGUGUGUGUGAACUGGGUGGGGGGAGGGCAUUUUUAUUAUUUAAAAAAAAAUAUUUUUUUAAUAUUUUUUUAUUAUUUAAAAAUUUUUUUGCCCCACUCCCUGCUUGUUAACUGGUCAGGGAGGGGGGCUGUCUUAAUCCCUGGUGGUCCAGUGGCAUGGGCUGUGAAGUGGGGGGGCCGGCAGGAAGCAUUUACUUACCUUUCCUGCAGCUCCUGUCAGUUCCCUUCUCCUCCGUUCCGUUCAGCUCCACUGUAAGUCUCGCGGUCUGGUUGCCGCGGGAUCGUUGCCAUGGCUCUGACGGCCGCGGCUCUCUAAGUUGCCAUAAUACAGACAGUGACUCGAGUAUAAGUCGAGUGGGGGUUUUUAAGCACAAAAAAUGUGCUGAAAAACUAGACUUAUACUUGAGUAUAUACUGUAAAUAAGAUACAGGGUUAUUCUAAAUGAGAUUUCCAGUUAUGUAGAUUAUCUCUUACAAUCUAUACAAAACUUGGGAUUUUUUAAUUUAUUUGUUUUAUUAUUGUUGUUACUGUAAAGAACCCCUUCCAAUGUCAUUGAUAAAGUCUCUCUUCAAGUCUGAAUGGGUGACCUCUUCUAUUCUAUUAAUGAACAUGUUAUCAGAGAAUUUAUUUUACGGGCCCUGUUAAUAUUUGUAUAUUGUUGUAAUAUCGCCCCCGAUUUUACAUUUUUUUUUUCUAAAGUAGGCAUGUUGAUGUUUUUGUGUUUUUUUUUACCUUUCUUCGUAACUAAAAUCUUCCAUUCUCCAAAUUAAUUUUGGAACCAGCUGUCUUCUAGAACAGCAUACUUUAAAACAGCUGCUCCAUAUUGCACUUUACCAUUGAUUUAUAAAGACAUGAUUGUAUUAUCUAAGUGACCAAUCCAUUUUUUUCGGCUUGCGAAGCAGGCGUAACGAUUGUACGUGAAUGGUUCGUGUGUUAACCUUGUACCCAAAGCUUUAAGAAUACACUUUGUCCCUAGAAGAAUGUCGCAGUUGUAGCUUCAUUUUUCAAGAUGUUCUUUGUCCUUAGUCCUUAUCUGUCACUACGGGACAUCGCUAAUUAAAAAUGUAGGGUCAAGAGCAUUGGGUCUCUUAACAAGAUUCCUGUGUGGAGUUGCUAGGUUCACAGGGCCGCUCUGAAUACUGUUCACAGGGACUAACAUUGACCAUCAUUACACCACUUAAGUUUCUUGUAAUGAAAAUACUUUUUCUUUUGUUUGUUAUACAGUUUGACAUAACUAAUUGCAAAAAAAUGAUGUCUUUAUUUUCACAUUGGAUUCUGUGGUGUGAAACAUGGCUGGGUGGGUUUGUCGUGCAGUAACAUUUAGUGUCGGUCAAAGCAUACAAAGCUGGGUCACACAGCCUUGUUCUGAUUGUGUAAGUUUAUAACGAGUCAAAACAGUUUUUGAGCCAUUUGUAUUUUUGCCUUGGGUGAGGCACCUCCUUCUGACUUUACUACCAAUCACUGGAGACUGCUUAGGAACUUCCUGCUCUUGCAUUGGUUAUGGAGGGGUGAGUAGCACCCAGCACACAUCAGGUAAGAAGUCAAACUGUUCAAAAAUGGUUUUAACUCCUUUUAAUGAGGGGGAUUCACUGCCGGAACUAUAACAACUUCUAGUGGUUAUGGCAAGAACACAUGAGCACACCUAGAGCAUCAGGAGGUGACCGCGUUUCUCUGACAUUAAAGUGUACUAACACCACUACAGCCUUAAAUCCCUCGUUUACAUGUAUGAUAAUUUAACUUCUGUUAUUUUGGUUGUUGCUUUUAAGUUUUGUGAUUUAUUGUUUUGCCUGUUUCUGGAUUCUGUCCAUACAGGUUUCACAUGAACAAGCUGGUGUUUGUUUGUUUGUUUGUUUGUUUUUUGUUUUGUUUUUUAAAUCAAAUUCUGGUAGAUCUUUGCUUGGCUCUCACAUUUUCAAUCAAUAAGUGUGAGAUUCUGUCAGCCACGAGACAAAAUAAUCACAGCAAUUCCUUGGAGACACACAGAGAGCUAUUGUUGUGUAGUGCAUGCCUGCCCUGUGAUGAAGUUUCUGUACAAAAUAAACGUGAUCCGAAUGGCAGAUUAGCCGCAAGCCACUUGUCCUCCUAGACAUAAGUAUUACUUAUUUCGAUUACUCUGCUUGUUUAAAUCCCUAUAAAACAAUGUCUGGAAGUCCUAGGCACUUCCUAAUUUUAUGACUAGCGACAAACUCCACACAGGAAGGAAGUGAAGUACAGAACUAUUUUUAAAUUUUAAUAUAUUUUGUGUGUGGUGGGUUUUGUGUUUUUUUUUUCUCCUCCAAAAAUGAAUAGCUUUAUUACAUGCUUUCGUUAAAAAGAACUGUUAUUCUUCACGACUGUACACAAGACAGACCAUAAAUACUCACAGAUACUUGGCAACAUAAGCAUUGCCGUUUAGGAAGAAAAGAAACUGUUUCUAAAGUCUAGACAGAGCAUUGUUAGGCAAACGUGUAGCUCUCAAGCUUUCUUUUCCUUUUUUUUUUUUUUUUUUAAUAUUACUCUGCUUCAAAAACAAAUAGUUUCUGUAGUAUUGUGUAUUUGAACUCACAAGGUCUACUGCAACAGUAUCUGUUUGAGAUUUCUGAGGUCGGUCUGUUAAAACACCAACUGUGAUUGUACAUUACACGUCAUUUUCUUGUGUUCCGAUCUCUUUAGAUCUUCAGAGCUGACUCACUUAGCCUUUAAAAUUAGUAUAAUUAAGUUGGGUAGUGAUAAUGGCUAUCAAUCCUCUGCCAAUUCGUUACUCUUCUGUUUUCUUUUUACACCAUCACUCUUCGUGACAUUAUUUUUUUCAGGUCCAAUUUUAGGAUUUUAGAACCCCUUUUUUUAUGCUGUCAACCUGUCCUUCCAAUAUGUUGCCCGAAGUCUUGGAACGCAUCCCUACUUUCCCCUUCUAACUUAAACCAUGUCUACCAUUUAAAAAAAAUAAAAAAAUUUUAAACAAACUUCUAAAACUGAACAUCUAAUCUUUCUCCAUUCUAAUAUUGCACUUCCAUCUAUCUUGCUGUAAGUCAGUAAAACCUCCAAUAGCCUAACCCACCAAGCUCCCACAUUUUUCUCCCGACAUUUAGUCUGUCUCAAAAUUGUUUAACUUAACAAGUACACAAGACAGUACUGAAACAUUGUCUUAUCCUUUGAACUCCAAAUAAAAGACUGCCUGUUAUAAAGAAGCCAAUUGGUGUACCCAGACAUAUGUUUUUGUUCUAAUUGUUUAGCAACCAUUUUAAAACAAAAUGAAAUAAAUAUUGCUUAUACUCACCCCCUUUUUGAAUGCUUUAUUAAACUGCACUUGUUCAUGCAAUUCUCAUUACCUGUUUUUAACUCCUUUAUCAUCAGCCUUCUGAAUACUCCCAUUGUCCCACUUAAUAAGUCUGUAAAGAAUGUUGCCACCAAGCUUAUCUUCCUGAUUCAUUGCUCCUCACACCAUUUUCAAUUUAUGGCAUUGGAAACUGCUGACUCUAAUUUAGAGAGCCCUCAACAAUUCCACUUUGCAUCACAUUACUCCCUAGGUAACAAAUACUCACUUUCUUGUUCCCUUCGCUCUGUGAAUGACCUCGUCCUCUGUUAAUUCACAUAACCUGUUUGUUUUGUUUAGCUUGUUUUGGAUGAUAGACGUUUUAAAUUAAAUCUUGAUUUUAAAGGGAGCUGUCACUAACUGGGAUUUUUAAUAUUUUGUUUAUUUAUCCAUACAUUAACCCUUUAAGGACUGGACUGUUUUGGCCAUGUUGUACGUUAAGGACCAGAGCUGUUUUAACACUUUUGUGGUGUUUGUGUUUAGCUGUAAUUUUACUCUCUCUCAUUUACUGUUCCCAUACAAAUCCUAUAUUGUUUUUCUUUUUUUUUCCAGGACAAGAAGGGCUUUCUUUACAUACCAUUAUUUGUAUCAUGUCAUAUAUUUUACUAUAAAUAAAAUAUGGCGAAAAAUUGAAGAAAAAAAACAUGUUUUUGGACUUUUUACUUGAAAAAUCUUUUAUUUAUCUACAAAAGCUAAUGAUAAAAACUGCAAAAUUAGAUUAAAAAUGUUGUUCUGAGUUUUAAAACUCCCAGUGUUGAUCUGCGUUUUUGCUUUUUUGUGUGUGCAAGUUUUAGGGCUAUAAGUACAAGUAGGACAUUGCUGUUUCAAAAUAUAUACUUUUGAAAUGUAUCAAUAGUGACAUUGUAACACUGUUAUCUGUCAUAAAUCUCUGACUCACAUUGAAUACCCUGGGUUGACUACUUUAAUUAAAUGUUUAAUCUAUUUAAUUAAAGUAGUCAACCCAGGGUAUUCAAUAUGGGUUAUGUCUAGUCUUUUUUAGUAGCCACUUAGUCACAAACAUUGGCCAAAGUUAGCAUUUAUAUCUGUUUGUGUGUUUAAAAAAAGCAAAAAACAAUUAUGAACACUAACUUUUGGCCAGUGUUUGUGACUAAGUGGCUACUAAAAAAGACUGAACAUAUCCCAUUUGCAAUACCUUGGGUUGUCGUCUUUUCCAAAUGGUAUGCCAUCAUGGGGGUAAUUCUCAUUCUUUGGCUACCAUAUGCUCUCAAAGGCAACAUAACCAAUCUGUCAAAUUUCAAUGUGUAAAAAACAAGUAAAAAAAAUCAAGCAUUAUAUCUGACCCUGUAACUUUCAAAAACACUAUAAAACCUCUACAUGGGGGGUACUGUUAUACUCAGGAGACUUUGUUGAAAGCAAAUAUUAGUGUUUCAAAACAGUAAAGCAUAUCGCAACAAUAUCAUUAGUGAAAGUGCCGUUUCUGUGUGAAAAAUGAAACGUCACUUUCACUGACGAUAUCAUCGCUGUGAUAUGUUUUACUGUUUUGAAACUCUAAUAUUUGUGUUCAGCAAAGUCUCCCGAGUAUAACAGUACCCUCCAUGUAUAGGUUUUAGGGUGUCAUAGAAAGUUACAGGGUUAAAUGAAGUGCUAGCAAAUUAAAUUCUCUGGACUUUCCACCUGGGUUGUCAGGCAGGUCCCUCAAAUAGCAAUCAAUAAAAUUACUUAAUUAUGUAAAAAUAAUGCAUAAAUAUGCAAGUAGAAUAUAAAUAUAUAUACAUAUUUAUAUAUUUGAAGUCUACGUGCAUAUUUAUGAAAUUAUUUAUGUAAUUUUGUAUAUGGACAUAUGGACAUUUCAUAUUAUUUUUAUUUGUGUAUAUAUAGAUCAUUUCAUUCUAAGUGUAUUGUGAUAUAUAAAAAAAAUAUUAUCAAAAUACCGUUAGAUUAAAAUUAUUUAUAUAUAUAUUAGUUACAUUUAAAAAAAUUUUUUUUUACAUUUUCUAUUUCUAUUCUUAUUUAUAUUUUAUAAUAUAUAUUAGUUAUAUAAAUUAUAUAUGUGUGUAAUUUAAUUAUAAGUAUUUUUAUAGUCCUAUAUGUAUAUAAAAAUACACUUUGACUAUAUAUAUAUAUAUAUAUAUAUAUAUAUAUACACACACAGCAACUAUUGCGGCCAUGUGACCGCUCCGUAAGAGUGAUCACGUGGCCCCGGGGGCCUAAUUUGCCUAUAGGCAGUCCCCCCCCGGUCCGGGAGCAACGCCGAUCGCCACUGGGUGAACAGCUGCAAUCAGGUAAGUACAUAAUACUGUUAUGACCAUUCAGGACCGUCAUCGGUCCUCAAGGGGAUGUUUCCGGUGACGGCCCUAAACCGUCAUCGGCCCUUAAUGGGUGAAACAAAUUAUGUUUUUGUAAGGUGUGAAAAAUAAAAUAUAACUUAUAAAUCCGCAUCUCUUCAUUUUGCAGCUUGGUGUAUCCAUUUUGGCUCCCUUUCAGUCCUUGUAAUAAGCACUUUGGUUUGUCCCAACUAAUUUAUGAUGUUAUUUGGUAAAUCUUCAAUAUAAAGUUAAAAGAAAAUAGAGCAUUUCAUGAAAAAAAUCAACACUAGUUAUAGGUGAUUUUUCAGGGUUUCUUUAAUGGUGCAUUUUCCAAAGAAGCUUCCUUUCAAAGGCAUUUCCUUUUUUUUUCUCUCUCAUUUUUAUUAAAUCCUAGCACUGUUUACUGUAAAAUUGGUUUUGUUUAGAUUGUUAACAUGGGUGAGGAGAGAAGGUUAAGUCAUAUGUGAUUACUUGGCUGUGUGUUUUAAGAACUGUUAGAUACAUUGUUUAAAUGAUUUUGGUUGCAUAAAUCAAAUCAUUAUUUUGACAUUCGACUUAAAGCAGAGUAUAUUUUUAUUUAUUUAUUUUUAAUGUUCAGCGGACUAAAAUAUUUCUAACAUUUGCUUGAGUGGGCAUUAAGCAUCAUCAAAUAUAUUUUGCUUUCCUGCUCAGUGGUAUGCUGGAAAAUACUUUAGGAACUACUCGAAAAUGUGCAUACUCUAGCUCAUUGGUAGUCAACCUUUUUCUACCUACCGCCCACUAAUGCAUCUUUUUGGUUGAAAAAAUGUCCUUACCGCCCACCAGUUUUCGCGCAAGUGCAGAAUAUUUUUUAGAAAGGAGGGUGUUUUAAAAAAAAAAUAAAAAAUUUACGUACAUUUAUCUUUUUAUUUCUGCUUAGUGCAUGUUAAUAAUGUUUUUUUAACUUUAUAAAGUUUAAUGAGAAAACCAUAAAGUAAAUUGAAAUUACCUUUACUAGUGAUUAAUGAGAUCCUUGAGGUUGAUACUGCAAGACUAAAUAUUUGAAAUCUGGUUCGAUUUCCGUAAGGAACAAACGAAGGUCUCCUCUUUCGGUGAUAUUCAGACAACUUAUCUGUUUGCGCAUAAUAUGAUUUCUCAUCUGUGCGUCAGCUCCCCUCCUCUUUUCUCAAUUCCCAUCCCCACUUUUUUUUUAAUUUUUUUUUUUUUUUUAUUUUUUUUUUUUUUUUUUUUUUUUUAACCUUCCUUAUAGCAAUGCCCAGUAGGAAGGCUGAGCUAGGUAUCCCACUUACUAUUACUUACUAUAGCCCACUAUAACAGGCACACACACAUACAUGCAUAUAUACAUACACACACACACAGACAGGCAGGCACACAAGACACAUACAUACAUACAAACAAACAUGCAUACAAAGGCACAUACACAAACAUACACAAAAUAUUUUAGUCACCCUCCUGUUUCCUACCUUUAAGAUGCAGGAGGGUGACUUUCCCUGGGGUCCAGUGGUGGCUCAGGUGGAUGGGAGUUAGAGUUCCCACUCUGACUCCCUGGUCUUCCUCCCGCGCGGCUCUCAGUGUUAAUUGGAGGAGUGACGUGCAGUCACUUCCUCCCAGCUCGGUGAUGUAAUCACAGGGGGCCCGGUCGCACUGUUAAAGCGCCCCCUUACAAUCCACAUCCAUCGGGUGGCCCUGACAGCAUGGGCCCAUGAUGGAACCCUCCAUAUGCGGCACUGGUGGUUUGCCGCGCUGUAAAUGGUGAUGGCGGUACCUGGUCGCAGGGGUACCGCUGGCUCGCAAGCCCGCCCAGUCUCUCAAAAUAAGAAAAUCCCUACUGCCCACCUGGAAUCCUGAAAUGCCCACUAGUGGGCGGUAGGGACCAGGUUGACGACCCAUGCUCUAGCUGCUGCCUGGUUUCCUGUAAAUGUUUAAUUUAUAUUUUUUUUUCUUCAUUGCUUCUGCACAGAUGAAAAUCUGAUAUACAGACUUCAUUACAGAAUGCUGUCCGAUAUCUAGAACAAAUUACUUAAAGUCUAAAUGCCAAAACCACUGUAGACUCGAGGCACCACUUCUUGGUCCAGUUUCAAAACGUUUUCAAGUGGUCCCAACCCCUUGCUUGUGUUUGUGUUUGCCUUCAGUAAUCAGAACAUAUCAUAACAGUGUAUGUUUUUAAUGUUUUGUGGUUUGCAAAUCAAUUUACAAUCAUGACAAACUGACCACAAAAAUCCUGUAUGCCGUCCAUUCCUUAUUGAGAAUACAAAUACAAAAAGAAAAGUCCUGCGCUCAGUCCCAUCACUCCUGGGCUGCACCCCCCUAGACGGGUCCUACACUGACCCUUCAUCUUGCUUCCUUGAGCCUCUGGCAAAGAUAUCUCUAAUGAGACAGAAAGGUAUAUAUAUAUUUUUUUUAUAUACACCCCUAUAUACUUAUUAACCCUUAAUAGGCAGGCGGGCCUAGACGUUGGCAGGUGGGCAUUCCCUCCAGUGGCCAUUGGAGUAACUAAAUGACCUCCAUUUGUUUAAAUAUACAUAGGGAUUAAGGAGAGGGCGCAGGUAACUUUUUUUUUUUUUUUUUUUUCCUUAUUGGGAAUAACCCAUUUAUUUUUUCUUGGUUGCAUUCAUUGCAUAAUAAAUAUAAUCUUAUCUUUUAUCUUUACAUAAUAAAAAUGAUUAUUAAAAAUAGUGAACCUGGAUCACUUUAAAAAUACAGAUAUUUAUGAAUUUUCUUGCGGUGAACCUUUCCCAUACACUCAUACCCAAUGAAAUGUGGAGUUCCUCUAAAAUCCACACAAACUCAUUUUCCUGGCACUAUAGUGUUAAUAGGUCCCCUCCCCCCCCCACCCUCAGGGUCCCCCUCCUGCCGGGCUCUAUGUGGAGGAAGGGGUUAAAGGCUUACCUUUCUCCAGCACCAGGUUCCCUCGGCCCUGGGGAUUCUCCUCCUUCCGCCGAAUGCGCAUGCGCGGCAAGAGCCAUGACAUGGUCGGACCAUGCACCGAUCACAAUGACUGUGACCUCCCCUCUCUUUGAGCCCCGUACCACACACUGGUGCCUUAACGAAACUCUCUUCUCUGACACGACCCUGGUUAAAGACGCGCACACACAACACUGACGCCGACACACCCGCCCAUAUUAUCUGGGAGGCCCAUAAGUGCACAAUACAGGGAUUCUUCUUGGCAAGGUGCGCCACUCUGUAGAAAAACCGAGAGACUACGUUCAGAGACCUCACAGAUAAAAUCCAGGACUUGGAAACUCGACACAAAACUGCCCACAACCUAGACACAUAUGAAGAGCUAGCAGAAGUGAGAGGGCAACUAUCCUCUCUCCUCCGAUAACGCAACCAACACUCUUGAGCACCCUAAAGCAUUCUUCUACAUAAAUAGUGAUGAAUGCAGCAAACUUCUUGCCGCACUUAUAUAUAAGAAACUGAAUAAGAUGUAUAUUACCGACCUACGCGACACCCAGGGCCAACCACAGAAGAUGCCAACACGCAUUGCCGAAGUAGCACGCAACCUCUUCAAAAACCUGUACUCAAAGAACUUGCCCGCAGGCACACCCCAGACCACCAACACCAUACGAAUUUACCUGGCCGAUAAUCUGCACAUGAAACUCCCGGAGGCAGCGUCUGAGGUGCUGGAAGCCCCCCUGACUAUGGAGGAAUUAGCACUCUGCAAGAGCCCGGGCCCUGAGGGACUGACAAUACGAUAUUAUAAACUGUUCUCAGAUGUCCUAUCUACACAUUUCCUGUCCGCCUACAACUCAUUGACCCAGGGACAGAAGCUUACCUGCCAGAUGCUUGAGGCAAACAUAACCCUGAUACGUAAUGAGGGAAAGGACAAGGAACACUGCGCCAACUACCGGCCAGUAUCCCUAUUGAACUGCUUUUUGCUAAGAUCUUGGCAUUCAGGCUGACACCCUACCUGCCAUUCCUUGUGAAACCAGACUAAGUGGGGUUCAUACCGCACAGGGAGGCGAGGGACAACAACGCUAGGACCCUGUCCCUGAUCCACCAUGCUCAGCAGACAAACACAGGCCUUCUCUUGCUUUCAACUGAUGCAGAGAAGGCCUUUGACAGAGUAAGCUGGAAUUUCCUGUUCAGCGCGCUCCUAGCUCUGGGGGUGGGACCGAAUAUGUAUAAGUGGAUUACAGAACUGUAUGCCGACCCAUCGGCCUGCAUUAACAGAACUUACACAGAAGCAUUCCACAUCCAUAAGUGGAGCAGACAAGGCUGUCCACUUUCGCCUCUGCUGUUCGUUUUGGCCCUGGCCUCUUGCAGGCAAUCAGGAGAACCCCAUAUCAGAGGACUCGUGACAGGAGACUCAACAUUUUCUUCGUCUCCCUGCCUGAUACAAUCCUCCCCAACAUGUUGCGGAAAUUUGAAAUCUACGGAAGGAUCUCUAACUUUAAGAUUAACCUCACAAAAUCAAAUCUGCUCAACAUCAACUUAAAGGCAGAGAGGGCCGACGUACUGCGCUAAAGCUUCCACUUCCACUGGUCUGAUGGGGUGAUUAAGUACCUGGGGACGUGGAUACCCAGAGUUCUCGCCCAACUCUAUAGCCUCAACUUCACUCUGAUGCUAAACAAUUUCAAAAAAAACCUUGAAGCAUGGAAACUGCCUCACUUGUCCUGGCACGGCUGCUUAGCAGUGAGAAAAAUGAAUCUCCUUCAUUGCAUAUUGUACCUGUUCCAGACACUCCAUACAGAUCCCGACAGUGUACUUUACGUCUUUGAGGUCCCCCCCACCGCCCCCCUCCUUAUAUGGGAAAAUGGGAAACCAUUAACGGGAGACACUUUCACAGAACAAUGGGUAAAAAUAUGCAACCUUACACACCACUGUGCACUGGCAAGUAAAACCCAGGAGAUGGCAUACAACGUUUUGACCCUAUGGUAUAAAACACAGCAAAUCUUGCACAAAAUGAGCGACAGGUGCUGGCGAUGCCACACCAGAUUGGGCACAUUUCUACACAUAUGGUGGGAAUGCCCGAAAGUAGUCCCAUACUGGAGAACGAUCAGCAGGGUGUUACAAAAGUUAUCCGACAACCCACCCCACUUUAGACCUACAGUUCCUCUUACAUCACACUACGACCCCAACAGCCAAAUAUAAGAAAUCCCUGAUCAUACGGGUACUGAACACAGUGAAACAUAUUUUACCUCUCUACUGGAAGACUCACAUCCUCUCCACUAAUGACCUGGUUUGAGAGAAUGGAGCAGCUACGUGGAUUCGAAGACUUGACAAUCACGGCACAGGGACGCUCACAAAUGUACUUAGACAUCUGGACACAUUGGCUAGUAGAAGUCUAUUGCACAGAUUUUCAAAACAUGCUGACAUAUUGCCGACUUCUGUUAAGUUGUCUUGCUCUGCAUUAUACGCAGGUUGCCACUUCAAUGACAUUUAUGAUGUGUGGAAUUGUUUGUUUCCUGCAUAUAGAAGCCCUGCGUGGCUGGUAAUUUGGACGCUCAUUUACAUGCAAUGGACCUACCUCUUUCUUGUAAGUUAAAACGUGAUGCCACACUGAAUGACAAACAAUAAUAUAAAUGCUACAAACACAAAAACAAAACACAAACAAACUAACAACCUCACAAUAUUAGCAUACGCAAACUGAUUGCGACACACCAUAACGAAAACAAACAAGACAACAAAUUCCUAAAUUUACACUCAGAGACAAUAAACAGCUCACAGGGCCGCUUGAUAAUCUCUGUUAAUAUGGUUAUAAGAUCUACGUUACGGGACCUGCAAGUCUCUUCCUUUCCAAUAUGUUACCAGACCAGCGUGUCUGCAUCUUUUGCAUUUCAAGUUAAGUAUCUUAUGUGCGAGUCCUGCGAGUCUCGAUCUCUCGCCACAAUAUAUGAUUAUACAGUAAACCAAUAAAAAUUGUAUUUACAAAAAAAGAAAAUGUGGAGUUCCAAGAAAAGAGGGACAAUGGGAUGAUAAUGACUGUUCCUCCUAAUUCUGAAGACAUGGGUGGUUAGUGGUAUGCUUUUCUGUACGCCUUAUGCAUUGAAACUGCUAAUCUGCUUGUGAUUUCUUAGUAAAGUUGAAAUUAAUGUGUUCACUAUAACAGCUUAGUUUGUGGUGGAAGCAAGCAGUGGCAUUUCUCGUGCUUGAGACAUUUCCUUCUGCUUUCUAGCUAAAACUAUAAUGCUGGGUAACGAAUAUUUUAGAGACCUGAAAGUGAAACAAAUCUCGUUUAAUCAUUUUCUCAAACUUUUGGGUUCCUGUCCCAGGAUGGUGCCUUCAGAGUGCAUCAUGUGCUCACAUUGUGCUGAAUAGUCUUGAACUAGGACCAUGCAUAGAACACCAGCAAAGCUCUAUGCAUGGUCAUCUCUUAGAGCCCUUCGUUUGAUGUUCCUGCUACUUUGUCUAGGCAGAACAACCAUUCUGGGCAUUGUCAAUAACCAAGUAAUUUCACCCAGUGAUUCGCCCACCUCCGUCUCAAUAUAAUACCUCCACUGUAAGGUUAUACACUUUGUUAAUUUGAUACAUUACGGUGAACUGUGUAUUAAGGGACAAUGUCUUGUAUGUGGCUAAUGCUCCUGGGGCUGAUGGCCAGAAAAGCAGAUAGAUUUUUCAUACGGCAGCCACGGGAUAUGAGCAGCAUAGGGCAUAUGAUGUCAUACCCGGCGGUGGCGCUACAGUGCGCAGCGUAGCGGCGGCAUUCCUUCCCUCUUGCAUGCAGUGUGCAGAACGCCACCCAUCACUGUACUGCAAGGCAGAGCCCAGACAAGACUGUCCUGUCUGCAUCUUGAAGUACAGGUAGGGGUAAAGGGGCCUGGAGGACCUAUUGUGCUUUGGAUUUGGGAGGUGCAUUAGGUGGGGAGGGUGUCAGCCGUGGGUUAGAUAGGGUCAGCAGUGUAUUAGAUUGGGGGAAGAGGGUCAGCAGUGUAUUAGAUGGGGGUGGAAGGGGGGUCAGCAGUGUAUUAGAUGUUGUGUUCUUCUUUUAAAACAAAAGAUAAUUAGUUCGGACAACUGUAUGAGUUGUUUUUUUCUAAACUUUUCUCAACCUCAGUAUUCAUGUUUAAUUGCCGUGUUGGCACUUUGAGGGAAAAAAAGUUGGUUUGUAUUGCGCUUUGGGCGCUUGGGCUCAAAAAUGUUCGCCAUCACUGGUGUAGGGGCUAAUUGUUGGUGCUGUGGACCCGUAAAGAGGUAAUGCUUUAUGUUUGUGUCAACAGAAAUGUUUUAGACUCUCUUUGACACAGCCUGGCUUUGGUUUGUGUGAAUUCCUGAUAUACCAAAAUAUAAAUAUGUAUAUAUAUUUUACAACCAGAGAAAGAGCCUUUCUAGAAUUAGCCAAUUAAGUAUACAAUUGCGUUUACAUGUAUAUUGUAAGGGUUUGUCACGUUUUAAAGUGGCUUGGUUAAAUAUUCUUUUUGCCCUCUUUAUUUACAGGCCAGCCUGUACAUCUGUUUCGGUACACCACAACCGACUUUAGUUAAUCAUAAGGUCUAACAUCAAUAUGGCUUAUUUCCAUGACCACAAAUAUAAAUAUAUAAUAUAAUUAUUAAACCCUUAAGGACCAAGUCUCUUGAGACGUGAUAAAUUUGUCUUUAUGACACUUUUGCCAUGCUCUCAUUCUAUUGCAAUUUCACCCUUUCUGUUUAAGUGCACCCAUACAUAUGGUAUGUCAGUUUUUUUUAAAGUGAUAUUUGGCUUUCUUUUGAUACCCUAUAUGUAUACAUAACACAAUACUAAAUAUGAGUAAAAUAAUUAAAACAGGUUUUAUUUUCUCCGUUUUAAAUGUAAUCAUUUUUACACAAGUGCUAAAGAAAACAAACUCCAAAUAGAAUUACUAAUUUGUUCUGAUUGUGAAAAUUGCCAAUAUGCCCAGGAUUCCAAUUAAUGUUUUAGUAGUUCCAGAACAAUUAUUACAAGAAGUGAAUUACAGUUUUAAAGCUAAAACAUGCUAAAUUUGGCAUGAUGAGAUUAUAUAUUUUUAUAGUAGUCACAUAAUUCAAACCACUUCUCAAAAGUACAUUGUUGUAGAAAGGCUCUUUAUUUAACUAAGCACAUUUUGACACUUUAUUUAACCAUUUUAUCAGGAACCUCAGUUCCUUAUUCCUCAAAUUAUUAUAUUUUUGUGUGUGUUUUUUUUCGCACGUGCAUUGUUUCGGGGAACAGCACAUAGCUCCCCUGUCAGUCUGGGGCCACUAAUCAUGAACCCAGCUGAAUGAAGUGGACCCUGUCCAAUGAUACCCGAGGCUCCUUGGUAACCACAGUGAUUUAACGCUGCUGGUACUUUUAAUGCAUAAAGGUCAACCGGCAUUAUAGCUCUGCACUGCACGUCAUCAUACAUGUCAGGCGGUCCUUAAGUGGCUAAGAAAUGUUGGCUCCAGUGCUUGACUCAAAUACCCUUUUUGUUUAGGUCAUUAACUACCCUUAGCUACUCAAGACAUUGUUGCAACUUGUUGGAUUUUGAAGGCUAAGCUUCACACAAAGGAAUGCUUGAGUCUUCAAAAAGUGACAAAUUAUUAAAGCAGCUCUGUCACGUCAGGUGUAUUUGCGUAGUUUACAAAGAACCCUGACAGCGACUGCUCCACUUUGUGCCCAGCGGCUGUGUGGGUACAAGGGAACGUGAUUUUUAGUUACCUGAAACUAUCUAUUGCAGUGUUAUUUUCUUGCCAGUCCUCUUCAGCUCUUGGCAUUUUAUCUGCCAGGUACCUAUGUCCAUGUUGUACUCUUGCAUGUGUGAGAGUACAACACAGUUCUCUGGAAGAUCCCAUGGGAUCCUCCCUAGACAGAGCAAAGGUAGCUCUGUGCUUUGUCAAGUUUUGUUAAGUCCCUACUUUAUCUUAGAACAUAGCAGCCCUUUACUUUCUUAGGAUAUCUUCUCACUGCGUUGGAAUUUUACGGCUUUAAAAUUCCAACACAUUUAUUGUGAGUAUAAUGGGGGUCUGAGCCGCUGUAAUAAUAAAAAAUGAUUUGUGGGUUCUAAAUGCAAAUAUUCCACUGUUUGUUUUUGUGGGUUAUUUUUUUUUUUUUUUUAAGCCAAAUUGGUUAAUCCAAAUUGCUCAAAUGUCAGAAUUAUUGUUUUACAGAGUGUUAUUACUGUUUCUCUUUCAUUGUGUUGAUCGCUUCUUGUAUCUUUAUUUGUAGGAAACCCAGGAUAAACUCCCAGUUAGUUGCCCAGCAAGUUGCUCAACAGUAUGCUACUCCACCACCACCAAAAAAGGAGAAGAAAGAAAAAAUAGAAAAGCCAGAAAAAGAGAAAACAGACAGAGAGAAAUGUGAUAAAGAAAAACCAGAAAAGGACAAACUGGAUAGAGAGAAAAUGGACAGAGAAAAAUUGGAUAAAGAAAAGUUGGAUAGAGAGAAGUUUGAUCGUGAAAAAUUUGAUCGAGAGAAACUUGAUCGGGAGAAGUUGGACAGGGAAAAAUUGGAUCGAGACAAGCUAGACCGGGAGAAACUGGAUAGAGAGAGAGUUGAUCGUGAGAAACUAGAUAGAGAAAGAGUGGACCGUGAAAGACUUGACAGAGAGAGAGUUGACCGGGAGAAAUUGGACAGAGAGAGAGUUGACCGGGAGAAAUUGGACAGAGACCGAGUUGACCGGGAGAAAUUGGACAGAGACCGAGUUGACCGGGAGAAAUUGGAGAGAGAAAGAGGUGACCGGGAGAAGCUGGAGAGGGAUAAACCAGAGAAAGAGAAAAUAGAAAAGGAGAAACCUGAAAAAGAACAGAAAACCGACAAAGAACGACAUGAAAAACAUGAAAAAACAGUGAGAGAAAUCACUGCAAGUGUUGUAAAAAAGACUGCUAAUAAAAAGACCAGGUAUGCCCCCAUAAGGUUCUGGGUAAUAUUAUUUUAGGGUAAAAAUUUAUUUUUAUUUCCGCCAAUUGAAAAGCUGUGUGUAUGCACAGGAUAAACCGUAAAAAUAAUGUAGCUUGAGGACCAUUUUAGGAUCAAGCUACUACAAAGAUUGCCCACUUAGAAACCCGAUCAGAAAAUGGUCUUUAGAAGGUUUAUUGACUGUCUGCCAGCUGUCCACCUCUGACUUUAUAAAUACAACUAUAUAGCACUAAUAAAACAUGUAAUUUUUUUUUUUCUUUUCUUUUCUUAGACGGUCUUUUAUUAGGCUUACCUGAAUUUUUAGUUUGGCGUUGUUUUCCCCUGACACCUUUUUGUUUGUGUAUGUAUUUAUCUUGUAAACCAUAUAGAAUUUUAGAACAAUUUUUUUUUUUUUGGCGCUCUCCAAUUUCAGUUGCACAACCACCUACUUCUUUGUUUUUGCAUCUUGACAUAGUCUCUUCUCCUGCCUUGCUUUGUCUGUGUCAUCGCUACAUCAGAAUUGGCAAAAUUCGUCUGUUGCAAAUACAGUUGCAUUGCAAUUGUGUAUUUACUUCAAGGCUAUACUACAGAAUGAGCCAAAAUUCACAGUAGGAUUUGACAGGUAAAUAACUUUUUUCUUAGUAAGCUAUUUAUUUAUUUUUUGCAGUUAUGUACUAUAACAGAGUAUUGGGAGAUUCACUAUGGGUAAUUUCAUUAAGGAACAAUGAGUAAAAAUAGUGGGAUUCUAUUUUCAAAAUGGCUAAUUUCAUUAAUUUCCCAGAUUAAUUGGCCACCAUGUGGCAUUCACCUGUCCUUUCAUCUCCCUUUUACUUCCUGUGGGAAUAUAAAGGAGUGGGUGUACGUGAACAACCCACGUACGCUUAAGCAGCUCAAGGAGAAUAUCCAUGCAGAAAUUUGAGCCUCAAACAUUAAUGUUAUGAACAAUGCAAUCGAACAGGCCCUGACUUUGCGAAGCAGCAAAUGGAGCUCCUUUAAAAGAUGUCAUCUUUCACAGUUUAUUAAAACAAAUCGCUGUAUGUUACACAUUAAGUGUAUGUAAUAUCAUUGAAAUGGGUUCAUUAAUAGAAAAGUUAUUCACUUCUCAAACCCAGCUCUGAAUUUUGGCCCACCGCACGACACUUACUGUAAAGUAGUAUUUUCUCAUAUUAUCCCUCUAUCUUCCCCUCUCAGAUAUCAAUUCAUGCUGUCGUGUGAGAAGUUUAAUCUAUCAAUGAGGUAGACCUUUAUAGUGGAGUAAACACUGGGGUAGGGAUGAUAUAGGAUAUGAUGGAGUGGUGGUAUAGGACACUGGAGAUCUAGCCACCCUCAGUAUCCAGUAUUACUACUAAAGCAAUAACGAGUAAGGAGAAAGAUGGUUUUGUUACUCAGUGAUGCAACCAUCUAACCAUUAUGUGGAUAUUACGAAAGUUAGAUCAUGUAGAACAAGCAUGUCAAACUCGCGGCCCACAAUGGACAUCUUUGCGGGAUGGCAAGCCCCGAGUACAUGCUUGGUGUUAAAGCAGAGUAGGCACCUGCAAUGUGGAGAAAGCAGGUGUCUACUCUGCUAUAACAUCAAGCAUGUACUUGUGGCUUGCCGGGCAGCAAAAAUGUCUACUCUGCUAAAAUUUACCCGGCCGAGGAGGAAGCAGGACGCUGGCGGCAGCGAGGAAGCUCAUUCUUCCUGCUCCUCACUGCCCCCUCGCAUGCGCCGUCUGUAGUGAUCCGGCAUCACUAAACUGCGCGCCAGGGAGCAGUGAGGUGCAGGGAGGAGAUCUCCAGAUAGAAGAUCCCCAAUGGACCCCAGGGAAUUGUGUGUGUAAGAAUGUGUAAAUGUGUCUGUGUGCGCGCUCCUGUCUGUGAGUGUGUGUUGGUCAGUGUUGCGAUGGCCGUGGCUGGUCAGCGCAGUACCUGGAGUGCCACGGAGGCACUCAAUGCUACAUCAUAUUCCGACGUGACGUCAAAGUGCUCCACCUUUACAGUGUUCCAAGAAGUAGCGUGAGGAUCCGCUUUGGCAUAGAGUGCGGCUGGUGCCAUUUGGGGUAUACCAGAGGCCGAAGUUGCAUACUGGCAGUGGAAAUGUGAGUGGAGCCUGCUUGUUGGCUAGAGGGGGCUGCUGGGAUUUAGUAUAGGUGGUGGACUGGGAUUUAGUAGAUGGGGAUGCUGGGGGUUUUUAUACUGUACUUUUCAAAAUAAAACUACGUUCUAUGAAAAUGUAAGUUUUUUUUUUUUUUUUUUGUGGCUCACAUAAACUUUAAACCUUGUUUAUUUGGCCUGUGCUAGACUUUGAGUUUGACAUGCUUGAUGUAGAGUUAUUCCUUGUUGGUUCUUGGGAUUGAGUUUUUUUUUCACAUGAUGAUUUGCUUGAAACAUCCCCUGUGAAUGUAUGUUCUGAUGGAAAGUAUUGAAACAUUGAGACACUUAAUGUGUCAUUAAAUGGUAAAUUGUGCCUGAUUGAAUACUUGCACCAAGGAUUUUCUAUAGGAGAUUUGAAAAACAUAAAAUAUGCCUUGAGAACAGAUUGUAUGGAGUUUGAUAUUUGCAAUAGUCCCACGUAGCACUUAAACAAAAGGUCACAUGAAUUUGGAGCCCAGAAAAUAUGUUAUGCCUUUUACCAUUGACAAUUUUGGAGAGACAAAUUCCAUGAUUGAAGUUGAGAGGAAAAAGUUAUUUUUGGUUUUCUUUUUCUUUCUUUUUGUUAAAUUAAAUUUUUGUGGCUAAUGGUUUAUUCAUACAUCAUCACAAUCUGGUCUUAAAAGACCUUUUGCCGGUUUGCAGUGUUCUGUUUAUUUAGCCUUUGUGGCUUCUAGUCUGUGAAGCCUUGCCACAAUUAAAUAAGUGGCACAUUCCAGGCUGAGUUAUUAUAAUGCAGUUAUCCAUUGGUCCUUUGGGUGUUAAAGUGUUUAAUGUUCAGUGCUGCUGAAAUUGCUUUCCUUGCAUUGCAAACUCACUUGGCAGAUUGAAAGACUCCACAUGUCGGCUUAUCAUGUUUCAGUUCGGCAUCUCCUGCAAUUUGCACCAAAUUUUCAUUCAGGAAAAUGCAUACUUGGUUUUGUUUAAUAGAGAAGACCUUGAAUUUCUAUUGUUCUGCAAGUUAUUUAUUUAGGAAACUUGUUGCACUGGUUAUAUCACCCUUUAUAACCCUGUACUUCUUAUUCUAGGCCAUUUUUAUGCUUACGUUAAAGGACCACUAUAGGCACCCAGACCACUUCAGCUUAAUGAAGUGGUCUGGGUGCCUGGUCCAGCUAGGGUUAACCCUUUUUUUUAUUUUUUAUAAACAUAGCAGUUUCAGAGAAACUGCUAUGUUUAUAAUAGGGUUAAUCCAGCCUCUAGUGGCUGUCUCAUUGACAGCCGCUGGAGGCGCUUGCGUGCUUCUCACUGUGAAAAUCAGAGAGAAGACGCCAGCGUCCAUAGGAAAGCAUUGUAAAUGCUUUCCCAUGAACUGGCUGAAUGCGAGCGCGACUCCUGACGUGCAUGCGCAUUCAGCCAAUGACGUCGCUAUGAAGGAGGAGAGCUCCCCGCCCGGCGCUGGAGAAAGGUAAGAUUUUAACCCCUUCCUCUCCCUAGAGCCUGGCGGGAGUGGGACCCUGAGGGUGGGGGCACCCUCAGGGCACUAUAGUGCCAGGAAAACGAGUAUGUUUUCCUGGCACUAUAGUGGUCCUUUAACGCUUGUGUUAAAAAAAGAAAAAAAGUCUGCCAAGUGGCAAACAGUAAUUUCCUAAAGAAACUACCAAAAGUGACACAUUUACUUUGGUUAGUAGUCAAAAUAUAUGCAUAAACCUGAAUAAGUGUUUGAAAUACCCCAGAGAAUAUUAGCUUGACAAUAAAAAUACUCAGUGUGCUUUAUUGGGCUCUCAAAUUAAAAAAAAUAUAACCAUAUUGUACCCCUGGAUAAAACCAUAUUGUAAGUGAUGCUUAUUUUUGGCCUUCUAGCUACAUCUAAACUACAUGUCCUGGAAUCAUGGUACUUGUAGACCAACAAGAGCUGGGGAACCAAUGUUUGCCUAACAAGUUCUAUACCAAUAGGACCCCAAUGUAAUUUCUCUACUUGCUCAUUUAAGGAUAUUUAGUUGUUCAAUCAUGUAGUCGAGACUUGUCCAACUUCAGCCUAAAAUUGGUCUUGCUUGUCUCUGUGUUUCUAUAAAGGGGGCACUACUAAUAAAAACAGAAAAAAGUAGUCGCUAAUUAAAGGACCUCUAAAGUCACCCAGACUAAUUCGUCUCCGUGCUCUGUAGCAUUAAUUUUCAAUGUAAAUCAUUGUAGUUUUUAUAUAAACUGCCAUCUUUCCAUGGCAGGAUUAACAUACCUCUAGUGGUUUACGAAUGAAGUGAAGAGCUCAUAGAGCAGCAUUUGAUUAACACAGCGCAGAACAUGCGCACACAAGCCUUGCAAUGUUUCAGUGCGGGGAAACAUUUGAUAAUCAGUCUUGAUGAUCUCAGCCAGGGAGGUAGAAUGGCAGGAUGGAGACCGGCGAGGCAAUAACUGAAAGGUAAGUAAAUCUCGCCUUUCAAACAAUAGUUGGGGAACCUUAAUAGUUAUAUUGAAACUACCUCUAGGAAUACAGCUGCUAUGGUCUUCCUUUUAAAGGGAUUCUCAAAGCACCUAAAUCAUGUUACCUGCACCAUUUUUGCCCUUCCCACCGAUGUCCCGCUGUAGGACGCCAGAGUUUGGAGGUAUAUAUUUGUCAAAGAGCACUUCUUUGGUGACUGUUGGCCUGAUGAUGCCAAGAGCUGAUGUACUUAUUUUGUAUCAUUCAAGUUACCUGCCAGCCUCUUAUGUCCCACCUCUUCGCUCACAACGUAUUUCAUGUUUGUUUCCAGUAAUGCUCAUCUAAGAUUUACCAUAUUUUCAAGUCAUCCAGUCAUCUUCCUGAGAUCACAAAUUUCUUUAUUUUGUAUGUUUGUUCCCUGUAAAGGGAUAAUUUUACAUGCCUAGUGUUCAGCACUUUCAAAUUAUUAAAGGUAUCUUUGAAAGUGAUGACGAAUGACUUGUCUGACAUAUCAAGGUGGAUGUUAGUGUAAAGCCGUGAAAGAGCUGUAUAUAAAUUGAUGCGUGCUGUCUGGCAUUCAGCAAGAUAACGCAAAUUCGAAUCUGCUGUCCUAUAUAUCUAGGACACCUAAGAACAGCGUGAAAGAUACAGGCAGGGAUACCCUUAGUUCUGUGAUGAACAGUAAAUUGACCAUUGCUGGUUUGCAAGCUUGAUGCGCUUGGACUUGGAGUUGAAGUUACUGCGCACAUUCCACAUACUCUGUAUGUCCAAUACCAAGUUUUGUGCUCCUUUUACUAAUCCAAUAGUUGGCUUGUAAUUUGCUUUUUUGGUUCAUAUCAGAAACUUCAGAAUGAUGUCUGAGAGUUCUGUAGUUAUACCAGGUAUAGCAUAUAGUAGAAGGUGAACAGAUUUAAAAUGUUGCAGUGUUUUGUUUUUCAAUUUUAUUUUUAAAGAUAACUACAACAGCUUUUUGUUCUAAUCUCCCUUCAGACCAAAGUCAGACAUCCUAAGAGAUGCACCCAUUGAAGCCCACAGUAUUCAAUCUGGAAAUACAAUGGCUAAGAUCAGCAAGUUUAAUCACACUUCAAGGUAAGGAUCUGCAUGGACCAGAAAGCUUGGUGUUUUGUUAUGUAUGUAUGUAUGUAUGUUUUUUUUUUUGUGUGUUUUUUUUUUAAUUAUUAUUAUCUGUUCGUUUUUCUUGAGCCCUGUACAGGUGAUAAAUUAGUUAUAUCUAUCCCUCUCUCUCUCUCUCUUUCUCUCUCUCUCUCUUUCUCUCUUUCUCUCUCUCUCUCUCUCUCUCUUUCUCUCUUUCUCUCUUUCUCUCUUUCUCUCUCUCUCUCUUUCUCUCUUUUUUUCACUCAACUUUGUGACAAAGGCCUUUUUUGGCACUUUUGAUAUACCACAAUUUACUUUUUUCUCUUUACGUUAACAAUACAUAUCAUAUAUCCUUUUUCAAAGGAGAAAUAGGACUUAAUUUUGAUACACUAAAUGUACACAUCAUGCAAUAUUAAAUUAGAAAUAAAAUAUUACAAAAACAUUUAAUUUCAACACACAAAAUGCAAGUAAAGAAAACAAACUUAAAAUAGAUUUACUAAUUAGUCCUAGUUGUUAAAAUUAAUCAUGGUUUUAAAGCUAAAUUUGGCUCACAUUAUGACUUUAAUUGUAGCUACAGAAUCCUAAAGCAUGUUUCAAUUUACCAUUUUAUCACAAACCUAUGUCAAAAUAAUUUUUGUGAUUUUUUUUUUUUUUUUAACCUCCCCCCUGCCAGUUGUAUUGUGGGGGAAUUCAGAGAACAUGUGUCAGACUACUUCAGACCGCAUAUUUGUAUUCAGUUACUGUUCACGGGUACAAAUAUACCAUACUUGUAUAUCUUUUGCCACUAAUCCGACCCCCGAUAUUAUCCAUAAUUUAACCCUUAAUUAUAGUCCCUGAUUCGAACCUUAAUCUAACCCAUAAACCCAAUUAUAAUCCUACUUCUAGUCCCAGUCCUAAUUCCACCCUCAUUCCAUCUCUCAGGGGAUUCCCUCUGCGGAUAUCCAUACUGACAUAAGCCAAGGGAUUUCCUUCUUCAUACAGUACAGAUGUCUCCGUGAGCCCUCUGUACAAUGUGAUAGCAGCAUGAGAGGGCUCAAGAGAUCGAUGCUAGGGAGAUGGCACAGCCCAGCACCAUUCCUGCUGCAGUGGGGUAAUCAAGGAAACCUCCCAGAAAUCUGUUCAGACCCCGGGGACUCUGUUAAACUUGGGGGAUGACAUCCUUGAAUUUACGGUGGUAGCUCUACAGUUGAUUUAAAGGGCUACGAGCAGCACUCGCUUUGAGCACUGCUCAUAGCUCAUCUGUCAACUAGUAUCAAAAGAUUUCAGGGUUCUAUUGUAGCAGCAUGCUGUCAUGCUGUUACUUCUACUGCAUGAUGGUCUAUGUCGUCAAUGGACUUUAAAGCCCUGUACUGAAUGACCACAUAGGCCAUCAUGUGGUCAUUAAAUGGUUAAGACUUUUUGUAUACAAUUACUAAACAAACAUACGUAACUGGUAAAAUAUUACAAAACAAUUUAGUUUUUUCUGUAAGUCAACAAUUUCUGCGAGGAUCAGGAUCAGUUCAUCUUGAGAGUGAGCCCCUACACAUUAAUUAGGGGCUUGUAUGGCAUAUGCAUGAACUCAAUACAAAAACUUGUAUUGCUAAGGGUGGCAUAACUUGCUUACCUAAGGAACAGAUUGUACUGAUAUUUACACCGGGAAACUCCUAGCAACAUAGCCUAUGCAACAAGCAUACAGAUUCGUCCCUAUAACCUAUCUUAUACAAAGGAAAUGGCUUAAAAUGUAUAUUUCAGUCUCCUUAUUUUAAAUACCUCAGUUUGUUCCACUAGUGACAUUAGUGGAAUUUGAACAUAAUCAGAAAAUUGCAUUUUACUCUUGAUAACAAAUGUCACUUGAGUUCAACAAUUAUAUUUGAGUUUAUUUAUUUGUUUUUUUGCAGGCCCAGACUGAAAAAUGUAGACCGGAGCACUGCACAGCAGCUUGCAGUCACGGUGGGAAAUGUUACAGUAAUAAUCACAGACUUUAAAGAAAAGACUCGUUCCUCCUCUACGUCUUCAUCUACCGUGACGUCAAGUGCCGGCUCAGAACAACAGCAUCAGAGCAGCUCUGGCUCAGAAAGCACAGACAAGGGGUCUUCCCGUUCCUCGACCCCCAAGGGCGAUAUGUCUGUUGUGAAUGACGAGUCUUUCUGAAGAAAAAACAAAUAUUGCACACAAAUUUGGUGGAAACUCUGAAACCGGGUUAGGAAUUCCCAGACACCCACUUGCCUGUGUUUGUUUGUUUUCCUGCGGCUUUUCUUUCAUUUGGUUUUUGUUGUUUUUUUGUUUUUGUUUUUUUUCUUCCUGUUUUUCAAGACGUGAACAUUUAUCUUGGACAUAUAAAAACAAAAUCCUCCUCCUAAAGCUGCCUGGACAGUUUGUACUUGACAUGGGCAUCUGGCUACCAAGGAAUUUCUUACCCUCAGCAAUGACCCUUGACACUUGCGUAUUCCAUUUUUUUUAUGAUUUUCCUAACAAUCAUUUAUAAUUGGAUGUGCGUCUAAAUCUACUUUUUUAUACAAAUCUGCUGUGCACAGUUUUCCAUGUACAUUAUGCUUUUUUUUUCUUUUAUCUUAAUUUUAUUUAUUGCAUUUGCAGACACUUAUCAACUUCUUGCGUCUCCUUCCUCCCCUUUUCCCCUUCUUCCUCUCUUCUUCCUGUUAUACAGCAUACUAUCAAUUUUUAUACAUCAGUAUAUAGAAAUAUAUAUAUAUAUAUAUAUAUAUAAAUAUAUAUAAAUACAUAUAAAUAAAUGGUUAUUUGAAAACCAAUACAUAGAAAAACACUGGUGCUUGAUACACUGUGAAGCGAAUACCUAGAACACAGAUCAAAGAUUGGCACUUAACCCAUCUGUCCUACAGAAUGCUGCUAAAUGGCCAGUCCAGCAGUGAAGGGGUUAAGGAAGAUUGCAGCAAAACUGUGAAACCUCUGAGAGGAUGUCAUCUGUUUCAGCUCCUUUUUUUGUGUUUUGUUUUGUUUGGUUUUUUUUUCCUCCCUGUGUUGAAUUUUUUUUUUUUUUUUUCUUACGAAAAACCAAAACAAAAAAACAAUUAACAAAAUUAAAGAUCUGGUGCAAAUUACAACAAAAAGGUGAAUUCUCAAGACUGGCGAAACCACCGUCAGAAAGCCGCUUUUAAAUACAAAGGUGACUCUGGCAUACAAACAUGGCCAAAUCACGAUCGUCGUCUUUUACCGUACACAUUUGGUUAUAUUGCAUGUUUGGCCUUAGUACUGCAAAGUUUAUUGUUCUUGAGCCAUUUUAAAACAGAAGUUAAGAUAAAACACCACUGCUUCAAAAACAAAUCGCUUUGAUACGUAUACGUUUAAAAUUGUUUUUCACAUUUAAUGUUUAAGGUCUUGCAAAGGAAAAUAUAUCAGGAUAUGCCUGAUUGGUUACAUACAAAGUUCACUCUUGUUUCCGUGUUGGGGGUGUGACAAUUUUUUAUUUUUUUAUUUUUAUUUCAGCUGAAUAAUGUAGGGUAAUAUUUCUCUGUAAGUUUGGGUAAAUACAAUACAAAAAAUAUAUAUAUAUAUUUUUUUGUGAGUAAUCACUGGUAUUGGAAUUUUGUCAUUAAAUGCUAAGGUGGAUUUUGUUUUUAGCAAAAUGAAAUUGUUUAGCAAAAUGUAGCUAUGGUUUGAGUUUACUCUUGAACAAACAAUUGUGAAGUAGGAGCUAUUUUUAAGUUGACUAAUUUGUCUCCUUUUUGGAGGAAUCUUAAGUUGAUGGACAGCUGAGGAUAGCCAAAAGUAAGGGCAGGUGUUGAGUUGUGUUAAAAGGUGAGUUAUGUUAUGACUGAGCCUUUCUAAGCCUUCAGAAAGAAAACUGUAAGACAAAUGAGUCUCUUCUUUAGCUUAGCAAUAAUUUUACUGGAUACAUUUUGGGAAAAGAAAACAAAACAUACAGCCAGAUUUUGAUUUUGAAAUAUUUAUGGUAACAAAAUAAAUUUGCUUUAGUCACUUAUGUCUGCCCUGUGAUGCUCAAUGUGUGUUGGAUAAUUGUGCUUAUCCCAAAAAGUUAGAUGUCACUAGCCUAAGGGAUGCACUUGCUUGCAGAUUUAAAAAAAAAAAAAAAAAAUGGAGUGGAAAUUUGUUUUGAAAGUUUUCAAAAAAAUGUUUCUAUUGCUUAUGAAAUGUAUUGUCUAAUAUUUUGAAACAAUGUACAGAUGUGACUAGCCAUAGGUGUAAUUUUGCAAUUAUUACUGUGUCCUUUUAUGUGCAGAUGAACUGUGGCUGUCCCUUUUUAAAGGGAUGCUGUAGUUACCAGAACCACUACAUUGAUGCAAUGUAUCUCUAUGCGUGAUGCUGACUGGUGUAGCGCAGCAUUUUGCUGUUCAUGCACAAUAGCCUCGAAAACAUUGGAUUGGCUCAGAUCAUCAAGAUUGAUCGCAGUCAUAGAGGCAGAGCCAGCCAUGGCGAGACUGGCGCGGUGUGGGAAAAAAGGUGAGCAAAAAACACCUUUUGCCAUGAGCUUUAAGGGCGUCCGGGGACCUAAAUAAUACAUGUUUGUACUCCUUAUACUGUAGUUUUCCUUUAAGGAUAAAAACACCAUGGGCUUUCUAACUGCAUCUAAAUAGCCACUUGGGUAGAUAUCCCAAAAAUCGACAUUUAGCAAAAUCUACUAAAUGAAGACAAGAGAAAUAAAGAAAACAAAUGGGUCCAUAGUUACUAUUCAGUAAAUAAAACUCUUAAAGGAAUAUGUCAUUUCUCAAAGGUUUUAAUAUUUAUGCUUAUCUAUCCCUAUAUUUAACAAAUAUUUAUAAGAUGUGAAAAAUGUAAUGUAUAAAUCCACACAUCUUUAUCCUGCAAAUGGGUGCCUCCAUUUUAACUCUUUGCACCUGACCGUCAGCAUGGAAAAAGCAUAUAAAGAAGAUGCAUUGGCUUUGCCUUGUUUGAACUAGGUAUUAGUGAUGUCGCGAACUUUUCGCGAACGGUUCGCCGCGGACUCCAGUCAGCAGACACAUCCCGGCCAAUCUGCAGCUGACCCUCCCUCCCAGACCCUCCCACCUCCUGGACAGCAUCCAUUUUGAAGGCAGCUUCACAAUGGAUGCUGUCCAGGAGGUGGGAGGGUCAGCUGCAGAUUGGCCGGGAUGUGUCUGCUGACUGGAGUCCGGCGAACCGUUCGCGAAAAGUUCGCGACAUCACUACUAGGGAUGCACCGAAAUGAAAAUUCUGGGCUGAAACCAAUAAUUCACGAUACCCUUUGCCAGAAACCGAAACUUACUUUUUUCCCCAAAUGAUUUAAAAAAAAAAAAUGUUUUCCCUAUAAUUUUAUUAUUAGACUUUUUAAUGAAUUUAAUCUAAUAUGAAAAACUUCCAUUCUCUUUUAGUGGUCUCCCCUGCUUAAUGUUUCUCUCUCCCCCUCUAGUGUUCCCCUUUUUUUUUUGUGUUCUUUCCCACCUCCUCCCCAGUCCCAUAGUGUUCUUUUCUCCUCCCCAGUCCCAUUGUGUUCCCUUCCCAGACCCAUAGUGCUCUUUUCUCCCCUCCCCUGUCCCAGUGUUUUUUCCUCCAUCCCAUAGUACUCUCCUCCCCCCAGUCCCAUAGUGUUCUUUUCUCCCCUCCUCCCCAGUCCCAUAGUGUUCCCCCUCCCCCCUCCGGCCCAUAGUACUCUCCUCCCUCCAGUCCCAUGUGUUCUUUCUCCCCUCCUCCGGCCCAUAGUGCUCUUUUCCCC